AGGAAGUGCAGCUGAAUGGGGGGGGUGAAGGAAAGACACAUUAGGGAAGGGGGGGUUGCUUCCGAUCUUCGUCAAGAUUCUUUUGCAGUUCCAUUUAUAAAUUUCUCAUGUUACUUUCCUAAGAUAGUCCUCAAAGGUUGACCAAUUCGUGGUCUUCAUGACUCUUCCGUUGCUCUUUCUUGUCAAAAAAGUAAGUUUGUCCAUGUCCUUUAUUUCGAUCAAUUUAUUCAACCAGGCUUCCUUCGUUGGGGCCUUCUCACUUUUCCACUGUUUUGCGAUCACCAUCCUCGCUGCAGUAAUAAAGAAGGUGAAUAGUUUGUCUGUGUUUGAGUCUAUAUUAUCUAAUUUAUCAAAUAGCCCUAGUAAGAGAAGUUCGGGCAUUUUCGUAAGAUUAAUUUUUAGGAUUCUAUUACUUUCUUCUAGCACUGUUGUCCAGAAUCUCUCUAAUUUCCUGCAGCUCCACCACAUGGAGGUGGAACUUUUCGGACAUUCCUUAUGCCUGAACCAAGUAGAUGUUUUGGUACAGCUGAACAAGAUGAAGAAAACAUUAGGGGUUUUUUUCUUUUAUAUGUGUGGGUGUAUUAUAUAUAUAUAUAUAUAAUAUUAACAUUAGUUUUUUUCUAGAUAAAUAUUUAGAUAGUCUGCUGUAAACAUUACUUGGUUCUACCAUUUCAACAAAGUGAAAACUUGCAGGAGGAGUGGAACAAGUUUUUGUGUGUGUGUGUGUGUGUGUGCUGCAAGCAAAACAUGUUGGGCAGUAUACAGGAAGAGGCACUAGUUUUUAUGAUUUGUGCUAGCUGUACCAUUACUCCACUCUCAUUCCACAAGUGGGUGUGAACGCCAGCAAGAAAUGAGAAGGAGGUAGCAUUUUUAAAAUAGAGCUUUGGAUAAAAAAUGGGACUACAUUUCUCAGAAUACCCUAGUCAAUAUUAUGCUCUCUUUCAAAAAAGAUAUACAUUUUCCAAGCUUGGGUUUUGUACAUUUAAUCUGGUAAGAUGCCAAAAGCAUACAGAAAUCUUCUUUUUGAAACAGAUUUCUCUUGACACAGGUAGAAUCCCUUUUCUUUCAAUCCAAAGGAUAGGAUUUAUAUAAUUAACUACAGACAAAAACCUGCUUGGGUUUGGUAAAACUGUAAUAAUGAAAAUAUUUCCCACUAGGGCUGAGCUUAUAGUUUCUCAUUUCUAUUUGAGAUAGGACAGCUUUUGAUAAAAAUUCCAUUAGCAGAGAAUCUUCUCUCUAAUCACCAGGUUUUAAAAAUAACUUUUUAAGAGAACAAGAAAGUGUACACAAGUUUGAAGCUUCUGUACUUUUAUAUAUGUUUUGGAGUCCAAUGUUUCCAGUGAAAGAGUAAGUAAUUACCAUAUAUACUCACAUAUAUCUGUCUAGCAAUUUUAGUGAAAAAUCUAUCAGACACACACAAAAUCUGGGUCAAACUUAUCUAGUAAAAGGGAAUGGGGAUUGCUUCUUCUUUUAUGUUCCCCCAGAACAGAUCAAGCUCUUUUCUUACACCACUCUGUUCAGAGAACAGGACGAUUCUUUUCUUUUUUUAAUGUACUUUAAUUUUUAUCAAAAAAGGAGACAUCCCUUUAUCUUGAGUAAAGUGACAAAAGAGCUUUUUGAAUGUCUUGGUGGGAACAUGCUAGCUGUGGUGCUUUCCCCUCUCCAUGGAAUGACCCAUGACAUAUGCACAGGUCAUAUCAAAAUCCGUAAUUUUAGCCCCCGAACCUGCCAUUCACGUAUAUAUCAAUUUGACUAGUACACAAAUAUAUACAGUAAGUAUGGAUAUUGGGUAAUUCAGCUCAGAUACAUAAAUGGUUAGAACACUAUUUAGAAGAGAUCUUGAACAUGGGUACGAUGAAAGUAGAAGGCCCCAAAACAGCUGAAUAAAACUAAAAUAAUAAAGAAAGCAUCAGAAAGAAAACUAUCAUAACAAACUCUAAGACUUCAUAUGUAGUUGUGUUUGUAAGUAUGAAGGAGGAGUGGACAUACUCAAAACCUUUGAAAUGUGGUAGACAUAAGUUGGGAAGCAGUGGUUGGCCAGUGUAGACUUGCGAUGGCCUUUUUAUUCUUGAAUACAGGGUGUGACAGAUAUAAGGCUAUUGAGUGUUUUUAAUAUGUACUGCAUUGUCUUCUGUGUACUUGGUACUGUGUAGUGUAAUUUUCUACUAAUUUCUAUUGAGUUCCUGAAAUAUUUUAGUUAGUGCAAAUAUAAUCAUUCAAUGAGGAUGUUUAACUGAAAAUAGAAAAGGGCACUUGCAAUGAACAAAGUAUUGACAUUUUCAUAUUCUUAAUUUAGUUGACCUUAGCUCAUUGGCUUUUUCCCGCUAAUGAUGGAUAUUUUUCUUAAUGAUCAGUAAUAUAUCCAUAAAAAUAUUACAAAGACAUUCAUCUCAUUUGCCAACCAUCAAUUAUCAUCAGUGGCAUGUGAGAAUGGUGCUGCCAUGUAAUGUUUUAAGCAUGAGAGGCAAAUCUCUCAGUAAGAUUCAAACACAUGCUCUUUGCAAGCGAAAAGAGUUCAUUUAAAAUAUUAAGAAUACGUGUUGUACUUUAAUUUUUAGACUCCAAAAUAAUAAUAAUGGUGGCAUUAAUGGCUUCUUGUAGCCUCUUGAGCUGCUUUAUAAUAGUAGUUAUUCACUGAGUUGGUAAGCUCAAUAUAGUUGAUAAGCCACAGUAUAUAAUGGAAAGUUCAGCAGUAUAAUCAUGUAUGAUUUGAAAUAUAAGAGCCAGCAUGGAAUAGCAGCUCUCCUUAGUUCUCUCCUGGCAUUUGUUUCUCUACAUGACCAAGGGGAGAUGGGGAUGUAUAUUCAAACUACACUUGCCUUCCUUUCCUUCUCUCCCAAUGUUCCCAGGAAAAGUAUGAAAAGAAUCAAAUGCUGGGCUUCUGUUGGUGUAAUAGCAGAAGGAGGAGAAUGGGGCUUCUUCUUCUCUGUGCAUCCCCCAUGCAGCCCAGAAAACCUAUUCCAGAUCUGAGAAACCUUGAAAUAUUUGUUUUUAAAGUUCUGUAGGCCUCAGAAGAAAGGAUAGGAAGAAUUGUACUUGUUCUGCAGUAUUAGUGGAUUUAAGUUUAUAUUCGUGAGGGAAGAUCGAGUGUCAGUACCAACUUGAACAGAUCCAAUUAAAUGAAUGGGAUUUGUUAGUUAUUAAAUAUGUCCCUGUCAUUGCGAUGUAGCUAUCCUACUUGUGACUAACAUUCACUUUAGCUCCAAAUUAUAUUUCUCCUAUGCCAAAACACAUAAUUUUGGUUGCCUUUGGUGGUAUAAAGAAAAUCACUGGAUUUACAGUGUGACAAAUUUUUGACAGUAAUGGCAUGUAGUAGUUACUAAUUUUUAUGUCUAAAGCCUUAGUACACUUUGUCCAUGUGUGGUAAGUUUAUAUUUCAUUUUAAGUUGUAUGAACAAUAUUCUCUGUUAAGAAUGUACAGCUCAUUAUGAUAGUUUGCAUUUUAUCGGGAACACUCUUUCAGAUUUUCAGUGUUUAUCUCACAUCAUAUCUAAGUACAAUUUGGCAAGGGGACUGAAAUACGCAGUGUAAAACUAGAUUUAUUUCAAGUUUUGUUCACAUUGAAACAAUAUUUACAGAGGUAAGUUGCUUCCGAUUAAGAUUCUGCUUUGAUCUGAAUUGAAAAUGAAACAUUUAAAGGUCUAAAACUGCCACCAGGGACUCACUUUUUCUCUGGAUGGAAUCUAAAAAGUCAUUACCAAAUGAGUUGCCUCCGGCUAUCAGGAAUACAGUUUUUCUGCAAGAACAAACAUGCAAGUACAAUCAUAGUAUUGACCUGGACUCUUGAAUAGCAGGUAGAUAUUUGAAAAAAAUGACUUCUAAGUGAAAUGAUGUACAAAUCGUAUUUGAGUAGGUUUAAAUGUUCAGUUGGUGGGGUCGGGAGGUCACGUUGCCUGCAAAAAUAUAUUCCAUUUAUAUUACAGCACUUUAUUAUAAGCAUGGCCUUAUACGUUUUACUGUAAAAUGCUUUCUUACAUGCCACUGAAGGAAGCCUUUAGGGAUAUUCUGAGAAUAGGAUUUAUCCUGCAGCACUGCUUAUUUUCUCUGCAUCAAUACUCUUGUCAUGAUAAUCUACUUUUUUUGUCCCAACCAUCAAUCACUUUUGAUUACAGCUGGGUAGAAGUUCUGUAUUGUUGAUCAGCUCAUCAGCAUGAUAAUAUGAUACCUGGAGACUAGUGAAAAUCAUCCCUCAGUGGAAAUUCAGAUCACAGCUUUUGUCAAAAGUAGUUUUUUCCUGUCGUUCCCUUUUUAGUUGUCACUUCUAUCUUUGAUUUCCUGUCUAGUGAAUUUUUAUUACUGUUGCUUAGAUGAAUUUGAAAAUUGAAAUGUGGUCCUUGGUUGCAACCUGGUUUAGCCCCUUUAUAGAAAUAUCUCAAGAAUUAUUAUUACAUGAGUUAAUAAUUAUACAAUUCUUUGGCUUAAGGGAUGGAAAAAUCGUACUAUUUUUAGCACUUGCUCAGUGAUCUUUUUUGAUUUGGUUAAAGUGCCACAUGAUUAUCAGUGUUCAGAUUAAAUUGCUUGGGAGCUCCUCAAAAAUAGUUACUUAAUAGUGACUUUGAUGUGAUUCCUGAGAGGGCAUUUUAGGUUACAUCAGAAACUUCCCCACAUGCCACAGAUAGCUUCACUGUGGCAUUUCCCAUUGAUGGGAAAGUUCUGUCACAGUAAUUAUUCCACUGUCUAUGUUCAAAGGACAGUGAGUACAAAAGGAGGAUAUUUUGGAGGCAUAAUGGUGUUAGUAAUUAUCCUUCCUGCUUAAACUAGUCAGAGAUUGGAGCAAGCAGGGAUGGAAAAGACAUUUUUAUACCUUACUAACCUUAGGAUGUGGUGGAUCCACUGCCAUGGAUUCAACCUUCUUCAAAGAAUUGUUUUCCUGAAGGUAUGGUUUAAAAGAGGAGUGGGAAAAGUUCAGCUUAUAACAAAUGUCUUUAAUUUGUGUCACCUGAACUCAUCCAGUGCUAAAAUAAUCCCCCUUCUCCAUGAAAAAUGACAUUUAACUGUUCCAGGAGACCUCCAAGAAUGUCAGUUUGGAGUCUGCUAAAAUCAAGGGGACAAGGUGAAAAGCUUCCCUCAAAACUAAUGAAUCCAAACCAUAUAUUUUUUUUGUUUUUGAAUUUUUCAUUUUAACUGCCAUUAAGUUAGGUUUUGUGAAUGUGAGAUUUCCAAGUCACCCUAUUAUCAACAGCCCUACUCAGGUCUUUCAGAUUCAAGGAUGUGUCUUCCUUCUGUUUUUAUGUAAAACAUACUGAUUUUUUCUCUUGUUGCUGCCUUCUAUCUUACCAAGCAUUAUUGUCUUCUAGUGAGACAAGUCGCAUAAUAUGGCCAAAGGGCAACAGUCUCAGUCAUUUUGGAUUCUAGGGAGAGUUCAGGUUUAAUUUGCUCUAGAACACAUUCAUUUGUCUUUUUAGGAAUCUGCUGUAUCUGUAGAACUCUUAUCCAGUAGCACAUUUCAAAUGUUGAUUUUCUUCCUAUCAGCUUUCUUUACUUCACAGCUUUCACAACCAUACAAAGUACAAAUACGAUGGCAUUGAACUUUAUUUAUUUAUUUAUUUAUUUAGAGCAUUUAUAUUCUGCCCUUCUCACCCCGAAGGGGACUCAGGGCGGAUCACAUUACACAUAUAGGCAAAUAUUCAAUGCCUUUUAACAUAGAACAAAGACGAACAAACAUAGGCUCUGACUUUAGUCUUCAUCGAUGUAUCUUUAAAAUUCAGAAUCUUGUCUUAUUUCCACACAGCUGUCCUUCCAAGUCCCAGUAUUCUUCUUGUGACGGCGCGAGUGGCGCCAUCUAUAUGUCAAACUAUAAGUUUCAAGAUUUGAAUUGUAUCAUGCCUGAUUUUGCCCUUACCCUGUAAAUGUAGUUGGAUUGGUUAUUUAUAUCUGUCAAUCAAUGUUGUUUGUACCUGUUAUAUUGCUUACUCAGCUAAACUGUUGGCUCCACCUCUUCCUGGAGUAGGACUGUGUUUCCUCCUUUUUAUUCCACCAGCAAGCUCUCUACCAGAUGGAUGUGAGAGAGAGACUUGGCUCAAAAAGCCCUUCAAAAGUUACCUCUCAGCACCAAUUCUGAGGUUCUUACCCUUGGGACUCACACUUCAUGUUCAGGGCCAACCUGAACAACGUUGAGGAGUCUCAAGCGCCUUCACAUCAGUCCUUUGGCAACAGAGGAAGACUCUUGUCUUCAGAUAUAGGUCAUUGGACUGAGGCUGAGUUUGCUCCGGCAUUCACAGCCAGAGAAAGAGGGAUCUGGACAAGCUUCAUGGACUUAAACAACCAAAGACUGUAAUGUAUAUUUUCUUUUACCCCCUUUGUGAACAAUAAACCCAGUUUUUGAGUUAACUACAGUGUUUUGGUCCUUGGGAGUUCCAGUUUCCCUAAAGGAGGGCAAGAAGCAAUCCCCUGGGGAAAGAUGUCACGUCCAUGCCUCUUUCACUAAGAGUACAGCCCCAGGCGCGACGGCACAGUGCUGAGAGAAGCCUUCUUUUCCAGAAGUACUGAGAGAGGAGCCUUCUUUUCCAGAACUGCUGAAAGAAGCCUUCCAGAAGUGCUAAGAAGGGAAAAGAAGGAGUGAAAGGGCCUUAAAUUUGCCAAGCCCAUAGUCUCCUAAAGAUAAAGAAGUCAAAAGAAGCCUGCCUUUGCCUCCAGAGGGAAGCCCAGCCUUCACAAAAUUGAGUCAUUUGCAAGCUUUCCCGCUCUUUUUGCAUCUCAAGCCACCAGCAAAUUGCUACAUUCAGCUCUUGUAGCUGCAGCAAGUUCAAGCCUUCUGCAAAGUGGAUACAUUUGCUAGAAGCCUAGCCUUUGCAAAUUGAAACAUUUGCUAAGUUUCCCGCCUUUUCUGUUUCUCAAGCCAGCAAAUCGCUACAUUCAGCUCUUGCAACUGCAGCAAAAUCCAGAUUUCUGCAAAGUAGAUACAUUUCUCCAGAAGUCAGCCUUUGCAGACCAACCAAGCCUCUUCCAGAACCCAGUUUGCAAAGCAAUAAAUUCCAACCUUCUGCAGUUCCUGCCAUUUCUUCAGAGCCUGCUGCAAGUUUAUGAAAGCCCAAGCUUAACUUCUCAGUUAAGCAGCUGUUUUAAUUGUCUUGUUUAAAAUAUUGCAUUGCCCUUUUGUGUGUCUUUAAUUGUAUAGUUAUAUAGUAUUGCAUUUUGUACUGUUUGAAACUUGGGAUAAGUUUCCUUUUGAAUUUCACAGAAUGUCAAGUCAUAGCAAUGAGAUUUUGCAAACAAGGGUCAAAUCUCCCCGCCCAGUCAGAGAAAGGCACCCCACAGAGAAAACAAUGCUCUGCCUUUUGCAGCAGGAAGGCCAGCUUAGGCAGAGGUUUAACAGAGCUUGGCAAAACCUGCCAACCAUAGCUGAUGCAAUAAAGGCAUCCUUUUGCCCAAAGGAAAAGGAAAUUCUUAGGCAAGAAUUUUUAAAGGCCUUCAAUAAUGGGAGUGCUAUUGCAGAAGAAAUAAUCUAUGUACUGAACAAAAUUAACACUCCAGAGUCUUUAGAUAGGGCUAAGGAAAUUUCUUUUAGCCUACAAGAAGAGAGGAGGCGCUACAGCGCAGUUCUAUUUGAACCAGAGCCCAGUUCCUUAUUCAAAGGUGCAGAAGAAAGGGUUCAAGGCUCCCCAUGUGUAAGCCUUAGAUCCAGUCUGCUCAAGAUUCCAUCUAAUGAUGCUAGCCUUAAAUCCAAGCAUUCAUCUAGGCAUAGCAGUUCCUCCCAAUCCACACACUCAUUCAUCAGUACUUCUUCCAAAGCAGCCCACUACAACAGAGAGGCUGUCCGUUUGAAAAUUAGAAAAGAGGUUUUAGAAGCAGAGGCGUCUGCAGAAAUGGCUAGGCAAGACUUUGCCUUCAAUGAAGAGGAACUCCUCCUUCAACAGGCUAAAGCCAAGCAGAAACUGCUUCUAGCUCAGGCUAGGGCCCAGCAAGAAGCUGAUCUAGCGCAGGCCAGGGCCCAGAGAGAAAUAGAGCUUGCAAUGGCUGAAGCCAAGCAAGAUGAGCUGCAACGGGAUCUAGAUCUGCUUCAAGUAAAAAGAGACACAGCACAAAAGAUAGUCAGAGCUAACGUUCUAGCCAAAGCCCUAUCACAGGAACUAACCCAAGAAAACCUUAGUUUCCUGCCAACACAAGAGCCUACAGCAAAGGUUUCAGCACACCUGCAACUGGCACCACCUGUAGUGCAGAGUCAUAUCUCCUUUUGCCACCUUGAAGAUCGCUCACCUGUUCCAGUGUUCGCGACUUCAAGGCCAGCCCAUUCCUCAGAAGUACAGCAAAGCACGGCCGGGAGAGUGCCAUCUCUGUCAGAGUCCAUCCCUGUACUUAGGCCUCAGAGAUACCACUUGUCUACUUGGGAACAAAAGGAUGACGUCUUUCAACAACAUCCAGAUGUCCAUUCACAUUGGCAAGGCAUGGCCGGGAGUGAACCACCACAUUCAUCCCUGCAUACCAAGUCAAUUCUCCUAUCGCUGAAGAUGAAGGCUUCAGAGGUGCUGCCUGCCAGCAAUCUGCUGAACCCAGCAUCGCCUACCAUCGUGAAAAGAUGUGUUCAACCGAAGAACAUUGAGUUUGUCACGCCACAUCACACUCCUCAGAUGUACCCUUACACACUGGAGUCUCAAUUGGGUUCCCUCUUGAGAAAUCCAAGAAGAGACAUCAGAGACAAAGGCGUCCAGAAAUUCACUGACCGACCAGAUGACUACCUUCUGUGGAAAAUCACCUUCAUGAGGGCCAUUCGAGAUUUCAAGCUAGAAGCAGAUGAAGAACUAUCCCUUCUUAUGGCGUGGCUUGGACCCAGCUCAGCCGAGCAAGUAAAAAGACUUUAUGCUGCUCAUGUAGCAGACCCCCAAAGAGCUUUGUCCACAGCGUGGUCUCGCUUGGACCAGCGCUUCGGUGCGAGCACUGAGAUAGAAGCAUCCCUCAUGGAUCGACUCAACAGGUUCCCAUCACUGAAGAGGAAAGAUUGCAAACAGCUUUGGGACUUUAGUGAUCUUUUACUAGAGCUAGCUUCAGCCAAAGGAAAUCCAGAGCUGCCAGGUUUAGCAUGUCUGGACCAGCACACGUCGCAGAGUGCCAUCCUCUGCAAACUUCCUUUUCCUCUUCGAGAAGCUUGGGGGAAACAGGUGUUCAAGUACAAAGAGGAGAAUGCAAAUGUAUACCCGCCCUUCACCUUUUUGGUGGAUUUCAUCACUAGAGCAGCCCGUGAGAGGAAUGACCCUCAAACAGGUCUUCUCGCUUUGUAUCAAGACCUAAAGCCUGAAAAGACCUCCAAAGAAGACAAAGCCCAGGGCAAAGAUCUUAGAAGGAACCUGAGUGUCAAGAUGACAGACGCAACUCCUGCAGCUUCUGCUCAACCAGUCAGCAACAACACCAUAUCCUGUCCCAUUCAUCAAAGGCCACACAGCCUAGCUGAAUGCAGAGAGUCCGCAAAGAAGCCUUACAAAGAACGACUUCAAAUAAUUCGAAAGGCCAAGGUGUGCUUUAGAUGCUGCGGCGCCACUAUUCACUUCUCCAAAGACUGCAAAGAAAAGGUUAAAUGCCAACACUGCAACAGCAUCAAGCAUUGCUCUGCAAUGCACAACUUCGAUUCCCCUCAAUUCAAAGCAAAGUUAAAUUCUCCUACCAAAGAAGAAACCAAAGAAGACCAAAGGCCUACAGAACCUCAGGUAGCCCUCAAGGCUCCUGCGGUUGCCUGCACCAAGCUUUGUCAAAAUAGCCACAAGCCCAGGAUUUGCCACCCAAUCUGCCUGGCAGAGGUGUAUCCAGACAAGCAGCCAUGGAAUAAGAAAAGGGUAUACGUCGCCUUGGAUGCCCAAAGUGACGCAUCUCUUGCAACCCCAGAGUUUUUCAACAUGUUUGACCUUCAUACAGAGACAAUAGAAUACACCAUAUCCACUUGUUCUCGAAAGAAUAAGAUGAAUGGCAGAGUUGCAACAAAGUUCAAAAUCUCACCUGUCGGACAAAAGGCCAGGUACGAUCUUCCUGACCUUAUAGAAUGCAGCCUGAUUCCCAGGAACAAAGAACAGAUAGCCACGAAAGAGGUGGUACAAGCCCAUCCUCAUCUCAAAGGUAUUCAAGAUCUAAUUCCAGCUUUGGACUUGGAAACAGACAUCGUCAUGCUUAUCGGUGCAGAUUGUCCCACACUGUUCCGUGUUAGCAACCAGAUUGAAGGUCCUAAGGGUUCACCCAUGGCCCAGCAGUUGCCUUUAGGAUGGACGGUGUUAGGCCCAGUCUGCCUGAACAAGAUGUUCCAGCCUGUCACUAAAAGGCCUUCACUAAUGCAAGGAUGUGCCAGCCACAUCUCAGUUUGCUGCCAGGGAGUAAUGCCCGAUUACUCUUCCAUCAUCGAAGUCACAGAGAGAGAUGAGCAAACAGCCUUCUCUAAAAAUGAACAGAAGUUCCUUGAGAUGAUGAACAGCCAAGUCACUCAAGUCUCUGAAGGUAAUUGGAUAGCACCUUUACCUUUCAAGCCGGAAAGACCAUCUCUACCCAACAACAGAGAUGUUGCCCUUCAUCGUCUCCUGUCCUUAAGAAGAAGGAUGCUAAAGGAUCCGAAGGUAAAGACCCAGAUCACCCAGUUUGUGGAAGACCUCUUCAGAAGCAACUACGCUGAACCAGCCAGCAUGUGUGCGGAGGGAGAAGAGCAGUGGCAUUACAUAUCCACUUCAGAAAAUCCGGCAGAUGUGACAUCCCGAGGAACAUCAGCCGCAAAGUUGUCCAAGUCAUCCUGGAUCACUGGACCCAAAUGUCUUCAAAAUCCUUCCUUUCCAGAAAGCAUUUCCGUGCUCAAAGACACUGAGUUGCCAGAAAUUCAGUCCUGCAAAUCUACCAUCGAUGGCCAAGACUUAUCAAGGCAAGGUUUAAAUCCAGCCAAGUUUGAAAGAUUUUCAAAAUGGACUAGACUUCAGGCAGCCAUAGCCAGGCUCAUACAUUACAUCACUACAAAAAACAGUGGUGCAAUUCAGCCCCAAGAUCUUUCAAAAGCCUCAACAGUCAUCCUGAGAUCCACUCAAAGACAGUGUUUUUUAAAAGAAAUAGCUUGUCUAGAAAGAAAAGCUUCCUUGCCCAAAAAUAGUUGUUUAAAGGACUUGAACCCCUUCCUGGACAAUGAGGGUCUCCUUAGGGUUGGAGGUAGACUAAAAAGAGCAAAGAUUAGAUCCUGUGUUAAAAAUCCUGUUAUUUUGCCACACCAUAGCCACAUAGUUCUGCUGUUGACACAGCAUUUCCACACAAAAGUCAAACACCAAGGAAGGUCAAUUACUCAGUCUGCCCUAAGAAACUAUGGGUUUUGGUUUGUUAAUGCUCGUAAAGGUUGGGGAUUUGGUGUUACUUAAACAAAAGAUGCUCCUAGAUACCAAUGGGCUAAGGGUAUUGUGUCAAAAUUAUAUCCUAGCUCUGACAAUAGAGUGUGCAAGGCCCAGGUUAAAGUCGUCUCUAACGAAAAGGUUUCUUUGUUUGACAGGCCUAUUAGCGGCAUGGUUGUGUUAUUUUCAGAAGACAUACAGUCUAAAGUUAUUAGAGUUAAAGGUAUUUAACUCCAUUUUGUUUAGAUUUCCGAAAGUCCGGAAAUCUAGGCCGGGAGUGUGACGGCGCGAGUGGCGCCAUCUAUAUGUCAAACUAUAAGUUUCAAGAUUUGAAUUGUAUCAUGCCUGAUUUUGCCCUUACCCUGUAAAUGUAGUUGGAUUGGUUAUUUAUAUCUGUCAAUCAAUGUUGUUUGUACCUGUUAUAUUGCUUACUCAGCUAAACUGUUGGCUCCACCUCCUCCUGGAGUAGGACUGUGUUUCCUCCUUUUUAUUCCACCAGCAAGCUCUCUACCAGAUGGACGUGAGAGAGAGACUUGGCUCAAAAAGCCCUUCAAAAGUUACCUCUCAGCACCAAUUCUGAGGUUCUUACCCUUGGGACUCACACUUCAUGUUCAGGGCCAACCUGAACAACGUUGAGGAGUCUCAAGCGCCUUCACAUCAGUCCUUUGGCAACAGAGGAAGACUCUUGUCUUCAGAUAUAGGUCAUUGGACUGAGGCUGAGUUUGCUCCGGCAUUCACAGCCAGAGAAAGAGGGAUCUGGACAAGCUUCAUGGACUUAAAACAACCAAAGACUGUAAUGUAUAUUUUCUUUUACCCCCUUUGUGAACAAUAAACCCAGUUUUUGAGUUAACUACAGUGUUUUGGUCCUUGGGAGUUCCAGUUUCCCUAAAGGAGGGCAAGAAGCAAUCCCCUGGGGAAAGAUGUCACGUCCAUGCCUCUUUCACUAAGAGUACAGCCCCAGGCGCGACGGCACACUUCUGAUGUCUUUUCUGCAGUCUGCAUAUGCAGCCACCAUAUGGAAAAUCUUGAACUAUUCCAAGGUCUUCAUCAUUUGCAUUAGAUAUGUAAAUCAUCUGUAUAUUUUAAAUUUCUGAUGUUCCUUUCUCUAAUUUUCACACCUACCUCCUCCAAGUCUAUUUCUGCUUUAUGUGUGAUACAUUCAGUGUACAAGAUAAACAGAUACAGUGCCCUGCCAAUUGGUGCCAACAUUCUGAUUUUUUCUAUUCUGUCCUGAUAGUAGCCUCUUGCCUUAAAUAGAAACGAAAUGUUUUGGCACACCCAUUUAUUUAAGAGCAAUCAAUAACUUUUUAUAACUACACAAUCAAAAACUUUGCUAUAAUCCAUAACACACAGGUUGAUUUUCUUCUGAAAAUUUUGGUGUGUUUCAUUAUCUAACAUAGAUUUACAAUAUGAUUUCUAAUGCCCUUUCCUCUUCUGAACCCUGCUUGUACAUCUGGCAUUACUGUCUCCGUAUAUGGCAAAAGUCUUUAUUGUAGAAUUUCGAGCAUAAUUUCUCAUGCAGAAAAAAACAGGACAAUGCUAGGUGCUAAUUAUAUAGUGAUGUUUUUUCAAAUAUUUCAGAAUAUAUAUAUUCUGCAUAUAUAUAUAUAUAUAUAUAUAUAUAUGCAUAGAGCUUAGAAAUAGCAUAUUUUUAUGUGUUGAUGUUAUUUGUAGGGUUCCUUACUUAGAACAGAGAGACUGAAAAUAGAAUUUUUGAAAGAUUUCAGUUAAAUUUGGUUUGUUACUCCUAAAACAUUGCUUUCAGAAGACCAUGAAAUAAUAUAAGUCUUUUUAUAAUUUUAAGCAUCUUUUAUAAUAUAAGACAGAAAAAAAUAAGUGAAAAGAGUUAGCGAUUGCUCUUUUAAUAAUAAAUAAUAGGCAACACUAACUGGAUUUUAUGACAGUAUAGACUUAUAAUCCAAUUUAAAGCAGGUGAUGCGGAUUUUUUGCUUUGAUAAUCUGGAUUAUAUGGCAGUGUAGAAGGGGCCUGAUAUCACUCUACUUUAUCCAGUUUUUCUCCAUGAAAAUUUCUUUUCCUUUGGAUGCAUUCCAAUAAGUGGGUUUAUAAGUCUCAAUCUUUAGAUUUCAACACCUAGAUGACUUCUGAGAGCACUUGCAGGAUGAACAUUAGUGGUGUACAAAACAUCACAGAAUCCGUUCUGUUUUUGUAUCAAAUUUCAAGUGUUCACACACGCUCUCGUUCUGUUUUUGAGAAGAUACUUCCCGAAACGGAAACAGAACUCAGGGUUCUGAAUUACCAAUUAGAACAUCCCCCCUCUUAAUCUCUUGGAAUUUUCCCGAAAACAGAAUAGGGAGGCGCACUCAAAAUUUGAAAUGAAACACCCCUAGCAGCUAUCAAACUGAUUGUAAAUUUGCUUACACCUGCAGCAACAGGUCCACUGACUGCUGCUGAACCAGGGUAGCAUUCUUGACUUGGAAACCCACUGUGGACUCUUUUACAUAUGUAUUUUAGUAAAAGCUGUUAUAUUAGUUUGUUACAAUGCAGCAAAAUUCCGUUUAAUAAAGUGCUUUAUGGUGCAAACCGGUACAUAAUUAUCUGAGCAUAAGCUCUAUUUAAAUGCUAGGAGGAGGGAUUGCUUCUGAGUAUAUUUCUAGAGAGGAUUCUCUUUAAUGUAGUUUGAAAGUCGUAGUGCUUCUAAUUUGGUAUCAUACUAACUUAAUAUAUUUUAAUGUUGAUUUAAUUUUUCAAUCUGUAUGCAUACUUAAAAUCUUGUGCAACAGCAAGCUUUUUUUUUUACACUACAUGUUUUUCCCAUUUGUGCUAUAUCACAGAACUGCUGGCAAAUGUUUUUAAUUUAUCAGUGACUUAUCCAGUAUUUUUAAAUGGAAUACUCACAACAAAGACAUUGCUAUUAUUGAAUACUUAAACAAUAUUUUACGAGGGUUGAAUGAAAAUUAAUGCCUCCACCUUCGUUACUUGGGUUUGGAUGGGAAUAUUUUAAUAAACCAAAUGCAGAAAUAAUCCUUAGAAUGUGCUCUUUAACUACCACUAUUCACUUUUCCACAUAAUCACCAGACAAUUGAAUACAUUUCUGCCAAUGAUGAACAAAUUUUCUGAAGCCGUCAUGGAAGAAGUCAACACUCUGUUUCCACAACCAGCGUCUCACAGUACCCAUCAUGCACAGAUCUUUCGAUAGCCAGGCAAAGCAAUAAUGUGACCCACACAUUCUUGUGAAAUGCUGAUUAUGCUUGAUAUUUCUCUCUGAGUGAUACGAUGAUCGUCCUGAAUCAAUCUGUCAACCUUUUGCUUGUGAAACUCGGUGGUUGCUGACAUAGGACGUCCAACUCUUUGUUUGUCAUGCAAGUCGGAUGUUCCCGUCUCAACAUCUUUAAACUUACUUGCCCAACGAUGCACAGUACUCACAUCAACACAAUCACCAUGAACAGCUUGCAUUCUCUGAUAAAUCUCCUUUGGGGUAACACCUUCUGCUGUCUAGAAUUCAAUGAUUGCACAUUGCUUAAGUCGCAUUGACUGACCGUCUGCACAGGGUUCCAUACUUCGCACUUUAACAACAUUACUGCUCAAUGCUAAGGCUUCCCACCAAAUGGAACUGUAGAGGAGAGUCUACUGAACUUGUUGCAUACCAGUACUGCCAUCUGUUGAGGAGUUACGAAGCUGGAGGCAUUACUUUUCAGUCAACCAUCAUAAAAGAUAAAUAGAAUCCUAAAAAAACAAUCAACUUAAGUUCCAUUUCCUUUCAUAGCAAACAGAUUUGCCUUAUGUGUACACACACAAAUCUUUCUCUUUGAAUUUUUGAAAUUUAUUUUUAUAGAAUUAUCAUCAGUAUGAUCAUAUUGUGAUAUUAAAUGUUUACAGCAAUCUCCAAAGAACUGCCAGUUCUUAUUGCUGUUUAAAUGACAUGCACAAAAUAUUCUAUAUCUGCUGAAUAUUUUUAUCUGAUAUCUCUUUUGUAAUAUAAAAUCUCAUCUGUUUUCUAAUAUAAUUGUAGCGAAAUAGGUAGUUCUAAUAUAUCUGUCAUUAUUUGUCAAUUGUCAAUUUUGUGCUGUAAUAUAAUGUUUGUAUCAAAAUUGUCUGCGGUGAUAAAUGCGUACAAUAAAGUCUGUUAUGAUGAUAAACAGUCACAGAGCAACUGCAAAAAAAGAAUACCAGUAUUUGAAGACACAAAUAAAAAACAUGAAGAACUGAAAAUGAUUUUUUUAACUUUCUCAAAAUAAAUGAUUGCAUUUUACUUAUAAAUGGCAAAGCAUUUUUUAUUAUUCAGAUUCUAUGUGUUCAAAAUCAUGGCAUAUGCACUGUAUUAAUUGCCUUUUUAAAAUAGAUCUAGGGCUCCCCCCCCCCCCCCCAAAGCUAAACUUGCAAUUUUAGGCUCAUUUGUUUGUGAGCGUGCUCACUGAUACUCUGCAGAAUUUUUCCCCCAGCCAAUAUGAAUAGGAUCUGGUUGUGCAAAGUUUAUCAUUAUCAGAUUCUGGGCUGAUUUAACAAUUUGGUGUAUUACAGCAAAGAAGAAUUAUUUCUUAGUAACAACAGUUUAGGAUUCAGAUGUACCUGAGCCACAGCAUGACAAUAGAUCUAAGGGGGGAAAUGUAGGGUGGGCCAAGUGUCAGAAAGGCAUCUGAUGUGUUAAUAAGAUUUUGAAAUGUUUUUGAAAUUAUUUUACAUAUAAUGUAAUGUAGAGUUAUUUUAUUUCCUAUAUAUGCUGUAUAUGAUGCUACGGUAUUUUAAAAUUAAAAGCAAAAAAAUGAGUUCUUAAAUAUUGAACCCCCUUUGUGACUUUUGACCCACCGUGUGUGUAUGUUUAUGAUCAAUGGGCCUACAUUAUCAACUCCCAUCUGGUGUGAGAGCUUCCAGACCAUGGUGGGAUGGCUUUCAUAUAUUGCCUAUUUGCACAGGCCUGUAACGAGGGGGUGGUUUUAGGGGUUCCAACCCCCCCCCCCCGAAAUUUUUCAGGUUAUAAAAAAAACCUGGUUUACUCAUGAAUUUUAACUGGUUAACCAAAUACCCAUGCUAAGUCUAUGAGACACAAAACAUUAAGAGUCCCUCCAGGCACUAUCUCAAGCAGAUAUUGACAGGUUUGUAGCGGGGAGGGGUGUGUGCUAGGGGUUAACCCCCCCCCCCCGAAAUUUUCAAAACCCUUCCCGAAAUUUUUUUCUGGCUACGGCCCUGUAUAUGGAACAGGCCCUGUACCUUGCUCUACGGGCUGGCUACAAGGAGCGGACAACAAUGGAGGUGAAGCAGCUUCACCGGCUACUAGUCUGUUUCUGGGCACAAUUCAAAGUGCUGGUUCUGACCUUUAAAGCCUAGAUGGUUCAGGUCCAGGCUAUUUGGUGGACCCCCAUCCCCUUGUACAAACCUGCCCGGGCCCUGAGAUCUUUAGGAAAGGCCUUUCCCGUGUUCCCAACUCCAUCUCAAGCUCAGUUGGUGGGAACGAGAGAGAGGGCCCUCUCGGUGGCUGCCCCUCAACUCUGGAAGUCAGAAUGUCUCUCUCCCUUCUGGCCUUAAGGUGGCAGGUUAAAACCUAUUUAUUCAGGUGGACUUUGAAGGAAGAGGGUUUUUAGGAUCAUCAUGAGUUGUGCCACACUGGGUUCAGUUUGCAUUGCAGAGAGGGUAGUAUUAUAGGCAAGCAGGCAGGCACCGCACCAGAGAGAGAGAGAAGGAAGGAGACUAACUUACUACAUUUUCACUUCUUUAGCUGAAGCUAACUGGAGUCCGCACUGGAGAAAGAAGAGAAAAGCUUUGUACGCUGUAGGCUAGGCACUGCUUACUUGUUUUGCUUAUUCUUUUGGGUGGGUGGGCGCCUUUUGUCUUAUGACUGGUUUAUCUUUUCGCUGCAUUUUAGAAAAUAUUUGAAGGCUACUGUGCUGCUGAGUGCACUGUUCACCUACUUGUGUGCAAUUGAGCCAAAAAGCACACAACAAGUUGUAAUUAUUAUUAUUAUUAUUAUUAUUAUUAUUACUAUUAUACUUUAUAUUGGAAACUGCCCUGAGUCCCUUUCGCGAGAGAGGGCGGUAUACAAAUAAACUUUUACUUACUACUUACUUACUUACUUAUUGACAGGCCGCCCUAUCUCCCCAUAGGGAUUUAGGCACAAGUCUAUUUUGCCACAUUUUCUGAUGCUACUGAUGUGCUAUCUGUGUGUAUUGAUCCAAAAAGCAACAACACAUUGUUUCAGUCAGGAACAAGCCUUUUUUGCCACAUUUUCAAGAGCUACUGCCAUGCUAUCUGUGUGCAUUAAGCCAAAAAGCACAACCCCACCCCACCACACUCCACUCCAGCCUGCCAUAACAGCUAAAAAAAGUUUUAAAUAUUUUGACAAAAAAAUAAAAUUUCCCCAAAAUCAGGAGAUUUGCUAACCUUUAUGACAUUUGGGGGAAUUAUGCCCUGUUUAUGUUAUGUAGGGAGCCCCGGUGGCGGAGUGUGUUAAUGCACUGAGCUGCUGGACUUGCAGACCGAAAGGUCGCAGGUUCAAAUCCCGGGAGCGGAGUGAGCGCCUGCUGUUAGCUCCAGAUUCUGCCAACCUAGCAGUUCGAAAACUUGCCAAUCUGAGUAGAUCAAUAGGUACCGCUCCGGCAGGAAGGUAACGGCACUCCAUGCAGUCAUGCCAGCCACAUGACCUUGGAGGUGUCUACGGACAAUGCCGGCUCUUCGGCUUAGAAAUGGAGAUGAGGACCAGCCCCCAGAGUCAGACAUGGUUGGACUUAACAUGAGGGGAAACCUUUACCUUUACCUAUGUUGUGUAAUUGUAGAGAAACUCAAGGACAUAGCUCUUGUACCUUUUAAAAACAAAAGGUUUUUGUAAAAACCUAAAAAUUCCCAAAAAUCAAUAGAUGAGUGAAACUGGGGAAGGGGGGUGAUCAGUAGUAAAUAUAUCCUACCAUUGUAGAAAAUUUCACCCCAAUAGCUCUAAAACUGAGUGAGAAUGGAACCCCAGAAGUGCUCCCCCCGCUCAAUUACUUACAAAAUAGUAGUGAAUAAUUAAUUAUUCUUGUUAUAGUUAUAAAACUAAUUUUGUAAUGAGUAUUGAAACUUUUUUUUAUUCAGUCGCACAGGCCUGUUAUGUUCAUAUUUUAGGGAACUGGUAGAGGUGUCACAGGGUCACCUGCACUUUUUCCACAGGAUGAAAGUCCAUAUUGAUAUUUUCUCAAAUAUCAGGGGAAAUGUAACAUAAGAAGGAGCUCUAAAACAAAUGGAGAAUCUGUAAAUAUUUAUUCAUCUGCAUGUACAUCCUGUAUGCAGUGUCUUGGACAAUGCUGUAAAAUGUUUGCCAGCAUUGUAUCUGUUUCUUAACUUAUAAUGAUAUUAUGAAUACUACAAUACAGUUUUCAACCAGAAAGAGUGGCCAUGACUAGAAGGAUAAGCCUUAUGUUGCUUCCUAGAAGAGUUUGUGGUGAAUUGCUGGAUUAACAGAGGAUGGCUGCAUUUUAACGUGCCAUGUAUUGAAACAUAAUUUGCCUGAAGGAGAAGCCUGGCCUUUAGUUUCACCACAGGGUAUAUUCAGCAUGUGCAGAACUGCAUUUUCCAAGCGAUGGGUGAUGGAUUGUCACUUAGAUUCAUUUGAACUGGAAGAAAUUUGGUAUCUUGUAGAAUUCUAUAUCAACAUGAAAAGAUAAGGUGAGAUGACACCUUUUUUUUUCUUGGCCAGUAAUGAUCAUUUUAUUAUGUUUUGUGUGUGGCUGUAACUGUAAGACAGAGAAGAUUAAUUAAGGAAACAAGAUGUACCAAUCUUAAUAUUAUUUUUCCUCUGCUAUAUUCAGUUAAUGGUUUCUUUAAAAAGGAGUGUAGUAGAUGUUGCACAUCCAUGCAUAAUAUUCCAUUCUUUAGGAUUUAUAAAGACCAUAAUUUCCUUCUGCAUGCUUUUGGAAUAAUAAUCAGCUAAAUAAAAACGUUGGCAAGACCUUAAGCCAAAAGCAAGCUUGGACCAUGGUUGUCUUAACUAUCAUGCUUUGUAGGUUAUACUGUAGAGUCAAAUCUAUACAGGAUUCAUAUAUGUGCCAGAUGAAGAGGGUAUUCAUCUUCUUUAGGACAUUUCCUAUUAUAUGUAUAAUAAAUGUACCUGACAUGCUUAUUCGUUGAGAUACUCUAAAAAAAAAAAUUAAGACCUGGCAGCUAUUUCCUAACUAUGUGCCAGAGAUGGGACAUUUUGAAAGACUAUUGCUUCCAAAGCCAGAGUGAAAAAUACUUUUGUCCCAUUCUCCCUCCUGAACUAAUAAAUUUGUGGUACAGAGGUAAAUGUUGCCCACAUCUAUAUAUCCAUGUCAGUAGAGGAAGGAUAUUUGAUCUCUUAGUAUAUAUCAUAACAGGUGGAAAGAACAUAAACUUUAACAAUGCAAGCUUCAACAUCACCCUUAUUCUUACAGAUGGGACUAUAUAGUCCCCCAAAACCAUGUUGCAUUGCAAAAUUCAUAUUGAAUUAUAUCAGCUGGAUAGACAUUACAUGUCAAUGUCACCUGAACAAUUAUACACAAUAUCUCUAGAUUUGAACCAUGUGCUCCAAACAAUAGGGCAAAAAAUAUACCAAAAUAUAUAAUACAUUAUAGAUAGAUAGAUAGAUAGAUAGAUAGAUAGAUAGAUAGAUAGAUAGAUAGAUAGAUAGAUAGAUAACAAACAAGGAGUGUCAACAGCUAUUUACAUGUCACGUGACACAUGUUUUCUGAUGGGAUUUCUAUAUUUAGCACAUUUUUACCUCUCCCUUCACUCUAAAAGGAUCUCAGAGUGGUUUAUGGAUUUCAAAGUUUCCUGCCCUAAGGCUUACAUCUGCACCAAUAAACAUUCCUGUGGACAUGGGACAUUUUUAAGCCUUACAAUACAGUGGAGUUCUCAAUGGGAUCAAAAAAUAGCUCAGAUUUAUAUUAAAAAUGAAAAAAAACAUAUUUCAAAAAGAAAAUAGCUUAGACUAAGAAACUCAGUGGACUUGUUUAGUCUGCAUGGUAGAGAAUGGUAAUAUGCUGUAUUUAAAAUCCUAAUGGAACAAAGAUAAAAUUAGAGUGUGCAGGCAUGGAUGGGUACAAUACUUGCUUUGUACUGCAGAAUACACCUUGCAAGUGUAAAACUAAAUUUCUCAGUGUAAACCUCUUCUGAUUUCCAACCCUAGUGUCACAACUCUACCACUGUACUUAUGGAACCUGCCUGAGUUAAUACAUAGCCAUUAGAUUGGCUGGAAGGAAUGUUCUCUUUCAGCUGAAUAAACUAUUCAGUUGUAGAUUUUAAUUUGUCCCCAGCAGACAGUUUCUUGCCCUUCUGGCAAAUUCACACUAGAAAGCCUCUGGCUUAACUUGCCUGCUUUAAGCUUUGCCCCUGACUGGUUGUAUGCAUGAAGAACUCCAUUAGUUUCACUAUGUAAAAGAAGCCUCAAGGUGAUAAUACAUCCUAAGUCUGCAAGCUGGAAGGAAGAAAAUCUCUCAUUGAUAUUGGGAAUAUGAUAUAGUUUUAUUACUCCAUUGGAGUGUAUGUGGCAGUAACUCUGACUCAGGAGCAGUUAUUCUGAGAAGCCUGGUGGGAGCAAAUGCAGGCAGGGAAGACUGAGAGUGUUAAGACCUAAAGGAUCACGAAUGGAAAAAUGACAUAACAUUAUAGCCUUCUUGGAAAACUAUAGAAAUUAUUACAGGAGGUGUGCAGAAACAUCUGGUAGAGAAAUAAGUAUUUAUGAUGCUUGGCAAAGAAAUUGGAUGACUACAAAUCUACCGAAAUGCUGCCGGCACACUUUUUGUCCUGUAAAAUGACUUUUCAUUCCUGAUGUGGCCCCAAUGAAUGCCACACAGGUUAGAGAAAUACCUCUCUAUGUCAGAUCGAUGUAGAAACCAUGAAUUUGAAAUGAAUGAGCCUGAAUAAUGUUAUAUAUCUUUUAAAAGUUUUGUUGUUGUUGUCAUCAUCUUCACUGCAUUGCUGUCACUGACAUUCAUCCAGCAUUGAAAUAAGUCGGAGUGUGAAAGUGAAAGCCCACCUACUAAUAGAAAAGGGAAAAAUCUGUUUUCAAUUACUGACAUUCUUUUCAGGUUGUUAUCACAAACCUGAUUUUGGGAGUGAUGCAGCUUUAUGGUAGUGAUUGAGUAAUUAGGGAUUUGCUAUGUUAGCUAUGACAUCCUCAUUUCUGUUCUCAUUCCAGAAACCUUUUGGUGUCAGUCAUGAAUUCAUGCCUUGGUCAUCUUCUCUUAACCAUAUCCACUAGGAUAUUGUUUUUUUCAUGUGAGAAAAGUUGGGUGUUUCCAAAUUAGAAAUCUUUAAAGUGCCUUGUGUAUUAGCUUUCAAAGUUUACUUCCAAUGAAGUUUUAAACAAACAACAUGUAAUAAUCUCUAUUCUGUAUUUGUAUCUAGUACAGUCCUAAGGGCCAGUGUGGUGUAGUGGUUCGAGUGUUGGACUAGGCAUCUGGUGAUCAUGAUUCGAAUUCCAGCUCAGUCAUGGAAACCCACUGGGUGACCUUGGGCAAACCCUAUUUACAUAUCUUCAGAAGAAGACAAAGGCAAUACCCCUCCAAACAAAUCUUGCCAAGAGAAGGCUGUGAUAGCUUCACCAUAGGUCAUCAGAAAUCAGAAAUGAGUUGCAAGCCCACAGCAGCAAUAACAACUAUUACUGUUCUGUAAUGAGCAGUAAGACAGAGCACUGAAACUGCAUUCAAUUAUAAUUGUAGAUGGGGGCCUUGGUUAGGACUUUAAUAAUAAUAGUCUUAGUUUUCACCAGUCUAGUGUGUUUAAGAUGUUUUCCCCUGCAGCUCCAACCAGUACCAGCUUUCAUAUCUUGCCAUCUCAGCUGACUGCCUAAGGAUUUUAACCUUAUCUGAUAGGCUUGAUCGAUCCACGAAAAAUUUGAUUCUAAACUCGUUUCAAAACUAGAGGAGGGCAGCUUUUCGUUUCUGAUGGUAUUUCCGAAUUUGGCCCCCCAAAAAAUUCGAAAUUAACGAAAAUUCGUUAUUUUCUAAAUUAAUUCGUUAAUGGCGGACGCGCAUGCGCAAUUCCCAAAAACAGCACAGAGGGAGCGGACUUUACAGGACUCUCCCACCCUCAUUUUUUGAGUGAUCUUCUUCCAACUUGGUACAGUGGUAGAACACAUUUAACACUGAUAGCUCACCAAAAUUUGGAACGUUUCCCUUAUCCUCUGAUUUUUGGCGAAUUUUCAUAGCUUUUAUAAUAAACCAUUUUUUAAUAAUUGCAGAAAUCUGUUCCUGGUUUGAAAGUCUUAUUUCCUGUUAAAUUGGGUUGUCUUUACUGUGAAAGUCAUUGUUCUACUUCAGAAACUUUGUUUUUGUGGCUGAAACUUUGUUAAAUUGGUGUGUGUGUGAUAUAUACUGUGUAUAUAUAUAUAUAGUCCCUGCAUAAUGUGUGUGUGUGUGUGUGUGUGUGUGUGUGUAUAGGUAAAGGUAAAGGUAUCCCUUGACGUUAAGUUCAGUCAUGUCUGACUCUGGGGGUUGGUGCUCAUCUCCAUUUCUAAGCCCAAGAGCCAGUGUUGUCCAUAGACACCUCCAAGGUCAUGUGGCCGGCAUGACUACAUGGAGUGCCAUUACCUUCCCGCCAUUGAUCUACUCACAUUGGCAUGUUUUCAAGCUGCUAGGUUGGCAGAAGCUGGAGCUAACAGCGGGCACUCACUCUGCUCCCGGGAUUUGAACCUGGGACCUUUCGGUCUGCAAGUUCAGCAGCUCAGUGCUUUAACACACUUCGCCAUCGGGGCUCAUAAUAUACAUACACAUACACACAAUGUGGAGAAUAUGUGGAAAGGUAGAUAGAUAAGCUGGGAGCCACAGCGAAGGCACCUUCCUGGGAGCAAGGUCUAAUAAUAAUAAUAAUAAUAAUAAUAAUAAUAAUAAUAAUAAUAAUAAAUCCCUUACAAUAUCCAAGAUGGCUCACUGCUACAGAAUCUUGGGAGCUUUAGUUUGGUAUGGUACCAUUAUUGGCAGAGAAAGCUAAGCUGUAGGAGUUGAAAUCCAAUCAUUUAUCUUCCCUAUAGAAUCAAUUUUAUAUGCAUUUUUAGCUAUGAUUUAUUUGCUAUUUUAUUGUGUUGUGUUUUUAUUAUUGUAUAAGGCAUUGAAUAUUUGCCUUUGCAUUUGGAAGCUGCCCUGAAUCCUUUUGUGGAGAGAGGGCAGGUUAGAAAUAGAUUAAUAACAAUUAUUAUUAUUAUUAUUAUUAUUAUUAUUAUUAUUAAAUAUCUGGAGGACUAAAGUUUGCCCAUGCCUGCUCUAUACUGCACUUUCCAGAACUUUCCCAUCACAAUCUGCUUUUGAGCUGGAUACAUGAUCAAGACAUUAUUUCCAGCUUACUGAAGCUGGCUGCAUAUGUUUUGUCUGAGGGUCAGAAAUGGCCUUAAAGCCAUCUUGUGCAGCUUCCAAAACCCAACACUUGAGAACAUUUUGCACUAUAGCCAAGGUCGUACUCAAAGGGCUUGGCAAAUAUACCCUUUUUUGAGAUGGAUCUAAAUCAGGCAUGGGCAAACCUUGGCCCUCCAGAUGUUUUGGACUUCAACUCCCACAAUUCCUAACAGCCAGUAUUUGAGAACACAGAAAUGCUGGACCACUCUAAAAGCCACCGUGUCAGACUACACAGAGAAGCCACUGAAAUCCACAAGAAGCACAUGGACAAUUUCAACAGAAGCCAGGCUUUGAAGCUGCAAGGCUAUACAAUGCUAAUCAAGGUGACCAAUUGCAACAUUCACACUUGCCUCCCACAGACAAGAGUUCUUUCUCCCACCCUGGACCUUCCACAGAUAUAUAAACCCCACUUGCCUAGCUUCGUACAGACGUCAAAACCUCUGAGUAUGUCUGCCACAGAUGUGGGUGAAACGUCAGGAGAGAAUGCUUCUGGCACAUGGCCAUAGAGCCCGGAAAACUCAUAGCAACCCAGCCAGUAGGCUGUUGCUGAACAACCUAUGAACUUUUAGCAUUAAAGGAAAAAAUGCCCAAGAUUUUAUCACUUAAUACUGUUGGCAUGUCUGGAGAAGAAGAAUAGAAUGCUUCUAUACCAGGCAAGGGCAAACUUUGCCCAUGUCUGGUGUUAGGAUUUGUGGGAGUUGAAAUUCAAAACAAUCUGACAAAAAACUGGGAGCUGUAGUUUGGCAUGGUACUGGCUCUCUUCUGCAGGGAAGGCUAGGGACUUUGUAAAACUACAGCUCACAUGAUUACAUGGCACUGAAUCUGUUGCAAUUGAGCUGGUGCCAUAAUCCUUUCCGGGAGAUCUCCUCUUAGAUUAUCUCUUAAAGGGAUAUCCUCUGGCUCUAAGGAUUCCGUUUAGGAAGGCUUGCCUGGCUCUGGUAUUCCCCUUUAAGCCUGGCUGGAAAGUCUGGAAAGAAGCAAAACCAAACACGCGCGGCUCCAAGGCAGGGCGAGGAGAAGGCCAAGCGCAGGCAGGCAUGUCUCUUCUCUCUUCUCUUCCCUCCCUCCCUGCUUCUCUCUCUCUCUCUCUCAGAGAGAGAGAGAGAGAGAAGCAGGGAGGGGAGAGAGAGAAGGGAAGAGAGAGCAAUGCGGAAGGCUUCUACUGAGCCGGUGGUCCCCGCGGGGAGGGGGGUCUCAAUGGCAUUUUUAAAAUGCUAGCAGAUCGAUGGCCAUGCCUCUCCCUCCCUCCCUCUUCCGCUCUGAUUGGCUGAGAGGCAUGCCAACAUGGCUUCUCCUCUCAGAGGGGCUACAGCUACAUCUGAAGACAUCAGAAACAAACGAAAAAAAGGUACUUUUAUUAGUCAAAUUCGUAAUAUUUGUAAGGCAGUGAGCAGAUGGUUCAAAUGUCAAUUCAAAAGUAAUUACGAAACGAAUUUUUAACGAAUUUAACGAACUAACGAAAAAUUUGCUCAAGCCUAAGAUUUAGCCCACGGAUGGGAAUAAUGUAUGUCUUUAGAUAGUGUUAGACUGCAACUUGCAGCCUUUUUCACUAUUGGCUAGGUUGACAAGGGCUACUGAGAAUUGCAGUUAACUUUCUGCAUGAUUCCAACUUCUGAAUUAGGUUUAUGGUAUUUUCACUGUGUAUUAUAUCAGGGAGGCUGUUUAAACAGGAGAGUAUCAUUCUGACCAUAAUACGCUGGAGUGGGGACACUAGGUCUGGACAAAUCAUGGUAAGAGAGCUAUAUAAAGAGCUGAAUCUGUACCAGUUAUUCAGGCACUAGCUAUCCCAAUGUACGUGAUUAGUUGAUUCUGUUCUUUAUAUAGCUCUCUCACCAUGUCUGAAAAAUGAAAAAGAGGGAAAAGUAUUGAGAGCAAUGUGUGGAAUAUGAAACGAUGAAGCACUAAUGGAGAAAAGGAGAUGGAGGUGACAGUGACAUUUCUCUUCCAGUUCAAGUAGUGGGAGAGUUUGGACUACUUUCAAUGAUUUUGGAGAUGAAGGUGAUGAAAUAAUUUUACUAAGUGCUUCAUUAACUUUGGAAGUUUGCUUUCCUUUCCUCCUAGCCAUCACAAGGGAAAAUCAGAUAAUUAUGACAUCUCCGAAAUCUGUUUUGAAUAUCAUUUAUUUAUUAUCUAAUCUGUGAACAGUGGAUGUUCCAGAAAUGCAAACUGAAUAAGAAUAAAGAAAAUACGUCAUAUAAUUCACGUAUAAAGGCAGGUAUUUUUACUUAGGAUCACAGUAACAAAAACCAUUAACACUAACUGCAAUAUAACUAUAGAAAUAUAAAAUUAAAAUUCAUUUAUAUCACACUACCUUUGUUGUGGCAACUUGGCUAGAUAUUUCCUUUUAUCAUCCAUUAUGUAUUUGGCUCAGAUUCAAAAUAUAACUUUUAUUCUGGCUGCAAUACUAUUAAUUUUUUUCCUGGGAGCAAGUUUCAUUAAACUGGAGAAAUGUUCACUAUAAAUUCCUUCCUUGGUUUUUGUUUAAAAUGUAUGGUGUUGUCCUGAAUUUAUACAAAUAUUUUCUGGAAACCCAAACAAUGUAUGCUUUUUCCCAGAUAGGCAAGUGAGGUUUUGCACAUUUUGAAUGUUUGCUCUAUAUUGUUUAGCUUAUGGCGUCAUUAUGUUAUCAGACCAAUAAAUCAUUUUCUCCCAACAUGUUUUGCUCUUUCUUGUAAUAUUAAGCAUACCUUUUCAGCCAACCAGCUUUCAUAAACUUGCACAAGAAGGGAGAAGUCUUUCUUUUGCCUAGAGAAGUACGGUUUGUAUGAGAAGCAGUUUCUCUUGCUCAAACAUUUGUCUCCUGCCCAUCCAGUUAACAGCCCACUAUAGACAGGUCCCUGUGAAGGACAAGGGGCUAAUAUUCAGCUUCUUCAUCCCAUCCAAAACAAGAUGUACAUAUGAAUAAGCUCAAUUCAUUGUCAAGCAAUAUUCCUCAUUAGGGUGUUGUGUGGUUUGAGGACUGUAUGGCCUGCAUCUGUGGUCGGCAUCUUCAGAGUAAUUCCGGUCAUGAAAGCCUUCAACAAUACAAUGUUCCUCGUUCCUCUCCUUUUAUGAUUUACUGAGUCAAAGACAGUUGAUCUCAGGAGAGGGUUUUCCCUUGAGAAACAGCUGUCCUGGGUAUACUUUUACGUUGGUCUACUCGUUGAUCUCAAUACUGAACAUUUUUAAAGACAAAUAUGUUAUGUUUUUCCAUAUUGUUGGUUACUAAACAUUAAUAAUGUAACUUCAAAGUUUCCUGAUAAGCAAUUGCUGUUACUUUCUGCUUUAGUAAAUACAGAACAUAGUAUGGGGAAGUAAAUUAUAUGUACUUUGAAAAAGGUUUACUUGUGAAUAGAAUGUGAAUAGUCUGCUUUCUUGAUCUUCAUUCUCUUAGAUCCUCUGACAACAUUGCAAAUACUGCAUACAUUAGAAUCAUAGAAUCAUAGAGUUGGAAGAGACCUCAUGGGCCAUCCAGUCCAACCUCCUGCAAGAAGCAGUAAAUCUCAUUCAAAGCACCCCCAACAGAUGGCCAUCCAGCCUCUGCUUAAAAACCUCCAAAGAAGGAGUCUCCACCACAGUCCAGGGAGAUAGUUCAACUGCCGAACAGCUCUCACAGUGAGGAAGUUCUUCCUGAUGUUCAAGUGAAAUCUCCUUUCCUGUAGUUUGAAGCCAUUGUUCCACAUCCUAGUCUGCAGAGCUGCAGCAAACAAACUUGCUCCCUCCUUCCUAUGACUUCCCCUCACAUAUUUGUACAUGGCUAUCAUGUCUCCUCUCAGCCUUCUCUUCUGCAGGCUAAACAUACCCAACUCUUUGCCAUUGGCUUUUUUCACCAUUGCAUCACAUUGUAGGCUCAUGUUUAACGUGUUGUCCGUGAGGACUCCAAGGUUUUUUUCACACGUACUGCUGUCGAGCCAGGCGUCCCCCAUUCUGUAUCUUUGCAUUUCAUUUUUUCUGCCUAAGUGAAGUAUAUUGCAUUUGUCCCUGUUGAACUUCACUAAUCUUUCAAAAUCGUUUUGAAUUCUGUUGCACUCCACUCAUGACUUCUUUCCAAGAUUGGUGAGCACCUUUUGGGUUCGUUCACUUAACCAAUUACAGAUCCACCUAACCGUAGUUUUGCCUAGCCCACAUUUGACUAGCUUGUUUGCCAGAAGGUCGAAGGCCUUACUGAAAUCCAGAUAGGCUACAUCCACAGCAUUCCCUGCAUCUACCCAGCUUGUAACUCUAUCUCAAAAAGAGAUCAGAUUAGUCUGGCAUGAUUUGUUUUGGUAAAUCAAUGUUGACUAUUAGCAAUGACUGCAUUUAUUUCUAAGUGUUCGCAGACCACUUCCUUAACUAUCUUUCCCAUAAUCUUGCCUGGUAUCGAUGUGAGGCUAACUGGACGGUAAUUGUUUGGGUUGUCCUUUUUUCCCUUCUUGAAGAUAGGGACCACAUUUGCCCUCCUCCAAUCGGCUGAGACUUCUCUCGUUCUCCAAGAACUCUCAAAAAUGAUUGCUAGUGGUUCCAAAAUAACUUCUGCUAGUUCCUUCAAUACUCUUGAGUGUAGUUGAUCUGGCCCUAGAGACUUAAAUUCAUUUAGAGCAGCCAGGUAUUCCUGGACAACUUCUUUCCCAUUAUAAUUGUACAAAUUCUAAAAAUAGUCACUCCUGUGUCCAAACUAAGUAGAAGAUAAUCAGAGCCUAUAUUCUCAGGUCAAUCCUGUACAUUUAUCAAGAACAGGCAUAUAUGCAACUUCACAACAUGAGAGGACUCUGAAGACAUAACAUACAAAUUGUUUUGAUGUAUUUUCAUUUCACUGUCUCUUUACUUACAGCCUUAUGUAGCCUUUACAUUUUUCCCCAGUUGCUUACAUAGCUAUUUCUUCCCCCUGCAAGUCACAAAUCUGAGACCAACUGCCAGCUGCCUACUUCUGCCUAACUGCUGGCAGCAGUAUUCUCUUUUAAUUUGUGAACUUAAUCAAAUAAACCAAACCAAGGGAUUUGAAAACUUCAGAGUUAUUUAUUUUUAUUAGUUAAAAAAUACAAAUUAAAACCUAUAGCAAUCCACCCGUAAACCCAUUAGAAAGGAAUAACCAGAUGGCAAAUGGUCUCUUAGUUUAUUGAUAUUAAAUAUUUUACUGGUUUUAAGCUGUCUGUUGAUUAAUGACAUAGCACAAAACGUCUCCGGGUUUUUGAUCAUUGUCUAAAAGGGAUGAUGCCUUGAUGCUAGAAGGCACUGUGUAAAUAUGACAUCCCAUCCCUUCACUAGUACCUGAAGAUUGUCUUAAUACACUCAGAUUAAUACAUGUGUAACCUUUCAACUUAUAAGCUUUCAUGAACUAGUUUUUGUGCUCUCCGUGACAAUUUAUGUUUUAUGUGUUUGUUUAAUCAAGAGACAGAGAGAGCACUAAAAAUAGUCUUGGCUGUUGGGAUGAAGUUACUAAAACAAGCGCUGUGAAAUAUUCCACAAUUGUUGCUUAAAUACCAAGGUUUUUCAUUCCUCAAAUGUAACAAUUAAAUCCAUUAGCUUGCUGAUGUCAUUGUCACUAAAUUUAAACCAAGGAACAUUUUGCCCAUGCUUUUGCAAGCUGCAUUCUGUUCCUCCUGCUUCUAAACCCUUUCAAGUAUACAUUAAAUUAUUAGUGAGGAUGGAUGAGAGAGGGGGGCCUUUCCACUCUAUUACAUUUCACAGAAUGGUUUAACUCACUGUGGCUACAUGAACCAAGAGCCAUGCACAUAUUGAAUGAUAAUUAAAUUCUUCCUUUACAUUUGAGUACUGUAGUGCUUAGUUUUAAUGGCAGCUCAUCUCUGUCUUACCCUGAAAUCUGUUUGAGAAGCUGAAGUCUCAAUUGACCUAUAGUACAAUGGUUAGGAGACCUUUCUCUGCAGCUGAAGAAGAGAAGCAAUCCAAACAUUCUUGAGUGCAUAUGCUUGCCUGCUAAAUUACCCAAACUAACUUUUAAACAUCUGGGCCUUUGAGAGUGAGUUUCCAUUAAGAAAUUCAUUCUUUCCCCUUUUAUAUAGUAAGUUCUUUCCUAAUGCGAUGCUUUCAUAACUACUGCACGAAAACAAAAACUGAAUCUUCUCCAAAUGUAGAAAGACAAAUUUCGUUUGCAACUUAUAAAUCAGAUUCCAAGACAAGUUAGAGGUGACUGCUAUUAAAUGUAAGCACUUGCCAUAUCAUUUUUUGAAGUGAAUUAUUGACUUAAAUUCAAAUGUACUUUGUGAUGUCCUCUACAGGAUGAUAAACUGAUAAUUUAAUAUAUAGAAAUCCAACAAUCUGUUGCAAACAGAGUAGACCUUUUGAAUCAAUGAGAAUUUGGUAAAUCAAUAUAAGUUCAAUUGAUACAACAUAUUUUCCUUUUAUUACUAUUAUUAAUAUUGAAAUGUAUUCAAAAUUACAAAAGUUUAAAAAGAGAAAACUGAAAUACAAAAUAGAAAAAUGAGAAGAAAAAUGACUUCUGAUUUUCCUUUUGGCAACUCUAUAUGCAUAUAAUAAUAAUAAUCACUUUAUUUUUGUAUCCCUUCUCCAUCUCUCCGAAGGGACUUGGAGCUAGCAUACAUGAGGAUGAGCCCAAUGAAACAUAAUUAAAAACAUAAAUCAGUAAAAUCAACAACAUUAUAACAACAUAAAACAACAUAAUCAAACAAUAAAUAGCCUGAACAGUAAUAAAUACUGGAAUUCGGAGGCUAGAAGCUUGUGAAAUAGAACUUCCAGACAGGGCUUUUUGAAAAGUGCAGGGGCAAUAAUAAAUUAGGGCUAGAAGGGCAAUGUCAAUUAAAACGCUAAACCUAUAGAACAAGGGACAGUGAUAAAGUGCAGGGGCUGAUAGUAAAUCAUAGUUGGGGCCGAAUAUCUAGUCAACUGCUUAAUCGAAGGCACAAUGGAACAUCCACAUUUUAGGUCUUUAUGAAAAGUGGACAGGGUGGGUACCAGUGUAAUCUCCCAGGGGGAAGAGUUCCAGAGCCAGGGGGGCCACCACCGAGAAGGCCCUCUCCCUCUUCCCCACCAACCACGCUUGAGGCAGAGGUGGAAGCGAGAAAAGAGCCUCCCCAGCAGAUCUUAGAGCCCGCGUGUUGAUAGUGAUACCUCCUAUUCUAAAAAGGAAAACAUAUUAUCUUCUUUCAAUAUCCUGAUCUUCCAAAUAAUCAAAAUGAAAAGUUACCAAAUCCUUCUUUUUCACACAAAAAGUCUGUGAGUGGUUUCUAGUCUUUGUGAAAUGUCACUAAUGACUUGUUUCUAAUUACAUCAGUCAAUUUAUCAAUUUUUGCUAAAUCUAUCAGUUCCAACAACCAUUCCCACAUAGUUGAUAGUAUUAAAUUCAUCUUUGUGCAUACAAUAGUCUUGCUGCCAUGGUCAUAUACUUGGUUCUUUUCCAGCUAUACAUCCAUUGGUUUUUUAAAGAAAGAGGCCUGGUUUUAAUUCAAAGUUUUUUUAUCCUCUGCAUCAAUAUGUGUUUUUGAAUCCAUUGUUUUAGCCUUUUCACAUGUCCACCACAUAUGAUGAAAUGUCUCUUCAUGUUAUUCACAUUUCCUAUAUACAUUAGAUACAUCAUUAUACAUCUGAGACCAUUUUUCUGGGGUCAUAGAUCAAUGAUGCAUCAUUUUGUAACAAUGUACAUUUCAACAACAUAUUUUCCCAUUGUUCUAUCUGUAUGUUUUAAUCAACAUUCUUAACCCAUUUUAUUAUACUCUCAAACCUUUUCUUCCAUUCAAAUUUUAGGAAUUACAUGUUCAUCACCUGUAUACAGCUGCAUUUCAAAUUCUGGCUUAUUUUAUUCAAAAUCAUAGUUCUUUCUGACAUCAUAUCUAAAUACUUAAUUUUCUUAUCAGUUUAAAGCCUGUUUUCUCCAUCAGUUCAAGUUGACCUCCUAUGUUAAUAUUUGUGUUAACAUCUUUGGUUUUUGAUCAUUCUUAAAACCUGCCAAUAUACUAUUUUAAAAAAUUCCCAUUAACAUUUCCAUGCCUUCAAAAGUAUUUCCCAAAAUUAUCACUAAAUCAUUAACAAAUGCCCUUGUACAUUUCUUUUCAAGGCUUUAUCCUUGUCUUUAUCUCUAUCCAGCAUCUUGAGAACCAAAAUAAAUAAAAGGAGGGAUGAUAGAAAUGUGACUGCAACUUUUCUUAUUUUUAACAUCUUUUCCUGAUGAAGAAACCAGUAGUGCCUUCAAAGCUUGCACAAUGUGUUUUUUACAUUUUGUUUGGCUGAUAUUGACAUGUGCAUUUUGUAUUUUGUUUAGUCUAUAAACAAACUAUGCAUGCAUUCGAAUUAUAAGAAAUAUAAUUAUAAGAAAUGGCUAGAGAUCGUAGGCCUUGUGUUCUCAAAUACAUGGAAGACACCAGAUUGAAAAAAGAGACAGUUAUAUUAUUAUUAUUAUUAUUAUUAUUAUUAUUAUUAUUAUUAUUAUUAUUAUUAUUAUGUGGGACAGAUGGCUGAAAAGAAGAAAUAAGCAUCCAUCUUACAGGUCCUGAUUGAUGUGGUAGGGAAUAGAAUCCACUACAACCUAUGCUUCUGAUUUCUUAGUGCCAUGCAGUGUUUUGGAUAUAAAGGCAUUCUGUUCAAUUAGUCAUAGAAACUGGAAGGCUCUCUACAAAGGUGCUAUACUCCUCUUCUGUCCUUAGUCCUUCAGAUGUUUCAGAUUACAUCUGCCAUAAAUUCAUUGUGACUAAUAAGCAUGUGGCAUGGGAGUUGUAGUCCAGCACAUCUGGAAAGCACAGUGUCAAGGAAGAGUGCCAAAGAGGCUGCAAGUUCUAAAGAGGACUGGAUAAAGAGCCAUCUGUUCCCUCUUUGAAACAUAUUUCUUCUUAUUGCCAACAAGGAAAAAGUUCCAAAAACAUAAGUUUGGGAAAAAUUGCUCCUUGGAAAGCCAGAGGCAUUUACACAAUAGAAAUAAAAAUUUGGGAUUAUGUGCUUGUGACAACGGUCAGAGCAAAUAUACGAAUGGCAGAAGUGAGGGUCUGUAUGACAAAUAGAACCAGAAAAGUAGAACAUUGGGAAUUUGAGGGCAUUAUAGAAGGAAAGCAGUGUACAAGUUGAGAGAAAAUUACUUUAACAAGCUUCACUGCACUUGUUACACUGUUUAUACAGCUGUUUGUAAUCUGCAGCACAUAUAAUUUGGGUUUGUCAGAAAGGCAUCGAAAAAGUUGAAAAGUUCCAAAGCAGACAAUACCUAUAGUUAUAAAGAUCUUUGGGUUAUGUUAUGCAAAAAGGUGAGUAAAAUAAUUUAUUCAAUAGUUGAAACAUAUCCGUACUAGGAUAAUGAAUAUUGAUCAGGUACAGAAAUAUAUUGGAUGAUGUACAAAAUUGACACAUUCUGGAACAAAACAUUAUUUUUUAAAAAUAAUCUAUCUAAACCUCUAAAAGACUUGAUAUAAUUACUAUUAAGAAUUUAUUAGACAAUGCACAUUAUACUGUAUAUUACAUUUUCUAUUAAUCGUAAUUUUUUUUAUCAACCAAGAAUGAGCUACAAAGAGAUGAUAAAAUAUCCAGAUUCAAGUCAGAUGGUAUUGGAAGUAACUGAGUUGGUCAAUUCUAUUUUAAAUCUUAAAUCUUGGCAACUCUAAAAAAAUAAUUCUAAUCUCCAAACCAGACAGGGAUCUGAAAGUGGCUGUAUAGACCAAGAACAUGUAUGGACCAAUUUGAAAGCCACUUUAAAAGCUUUUGAAAAUUAUUAUCUAUGUUGUAAUAUUUUGAGGGCACAUCGAAAUCGAAAAAUUAAAUGAAUACAAUUGGUCCAUAUCCACAGAUUCUAUAACCACAGAUUCAAUCACCCACAGGUUUAAAACAUUCAGAAAAAAAAUCAAAGAAAUCAAACCUUAAUUGUUUUCCAUUUUAUAUAAGGAAUACUAUUUUACUACACUAUAGUAUAUAAUGGAAUGAACAUUCACAUAAUUUGGUUUUCACUGUAAAUUAUGAUCUUGAAUUUGAACAUGAAAGCUAAUUCUAGAGGAUUACUCUCUAGUGUAAUAAAUAUUCUAGUAAAUGCAAUCAGCCCUCCACAAUCAAUGUAGUUGGGGCACAGGACCCAGUGAAAGUGGAAAACCCCAAAUAAAAAAAUACUAUUUAUUUGAUUGCAACAACACUUCUCUUACUGUCUCCAGGUUCUCCAAUGUGACUUUAUGGUCAACUUCCACUGGAGGACCUAGAGAUUCCUAGGGAAAAUGUAUUAAUCAAAUCCUCAAUCACAUCAAUAAAAGUUAAUAUGGAAGCCCAACUAUAUAUAAUAUAUAAAAUUCUUGGUUAUCAUAAUUCCAAGUUCUCCUGCAAAGAAAAUUCAUUCUUCUGUAAACUUCCAUUCAUUUUUUAGUUCAAGAAUUAGAAUGCCAAAGAACAACAUUUUAGUAAGUUUCCUUCACAACAAUCCAACAUAUGGUGUCAAAUAAAACAAGAACCAAGCAAUAUUUUUGUUUCAUAGUUUCAGAUUCACCCAUUUUUAAAUCUCAUUUUUAUGCAAUAGCUAUUCAUUAAAAAAGGCCUUCAUUAACUAAAUCUGAAUCACUGUUUUUACAAAACAGCUCUGGUGUUGAUGGAUUAACAUCAAAAAUGUAUUCUGUCUUGAUGGACAAUAGUUGUGGUAACAUAAGUGGGCUCAAAACUAGUCUUGGGAAAGACCCAGGGCUGGUAAAUGGUACUCAUUUGGAAACUCAAUUUCAGGUAAAACACACAAAUAUUGUUUUAAAAUGAUUUAUCAAUGGUAUUCUAUUGAACCAUAGCUACAUAAGUAAGCAUAUGCCUUCCAAACAUUGGAGUAACCACAAUGAUGUUGGACUUUUCUUUACUUGUGUUGGCUCUGUUCUAACAUCCAAAGAUUUUAUUGGAUGUUUUCAAUGAAAUGAGAAGUUCAGCUUUCAUGUGAUUCACUGUGAGUUUAUUUUAUAAUCUCCAUGAGCCCUUUUACCAUUUAGAGCUAUCCCAUCAAAGGAGUAUUUUAUCUGCUCUUCAGUUUAUUCUUAAUACAACAGCUAGAAACACACACACACACUUUUGAAUUUUGUUCACAAAUGCUGGUAAUAACAACAUAAAUUAACACAACCAUGAGCACAUUCUUAUAUUGUACUUAAACAUGAGCUCAUUAGGGAUAAGACAUUGAGAACUGAGUUCAGGACCAGGUUACACACAUUGUGCAUUAAAUAAAAAGUCCCUGGCAUUUUGGGAUGUUUUUCUAAACCAAUAUAUUACUAAAAAAAUUAAUGAAAUAUUCCUCUUUCCCAUAUUUUUAAUUAAAAAUGCAUUUUUAAAAUUACCCUGCAUGAUGAUAUGUCAUUUUUACCCUAAUCAAUUGGAGCUGGAUAUCAUAGUGGGUAGAUUUGUUUCCACCUAAGCUCUUGUUUUUCAAAGGUUAAAUUAUUAUAUUUUAUUAUUGCCCUCUUAUUAUUUACCAGCUUCUUAUUUUUGAAGCUGUGUGUGGAGUCUUGCAUCUCAAUUCCAGAUAAACUCAUAAAGAGGAGGUCUCAACAUGAGAUUUGAAAAGAGGAACUCGCAUCUGUGGCUCAUUAGAAAAUUGAAGGGCAGAGUUGACAUCUGGGAUCCAUUAGUGACAAAAUGGAAGAUAAGGAGUGUCUUCUCCACUUACAUCUUAAAACAUUAUUGGCUUAACAUGUACAUUUUGUUUAAUAAAAGCUCUGCGAUAUAUCAUCAUGAAUGGCUAGUUAUCUUAAUAUAUGAAUGUUGUCUCAAUCCAGUUUAUCCUUUAAUUGUGAUGCUUUAAAACCAUAGAACACACAGUAUAUAUAAAAUGAGCAUUUGUGUGUUGCUGAAGAUACAUGUUCAGUGUUACCUAAUAAUCUGACAUGCUGCCACCAGAAUGUGAGUGUAUAUUAUUGUUGUUUUAAACUGCUUAUUUUAUGAUGUUUUAUACUUAUUACCAAUGUAUUUGGAUUGUUGUUUUACAUGAUUUUAAAAUGUUGUUUGGAUCCCGUGAGGGAGAAAAAUGGGAUAUAAAUAAAGAAUUAUUAUUAUUGUUGUUGUUAUUAUUAUUAUUAUUAUUAUUAUUAUUAUUAUUAUUAUUAUUAUUAUUGUAUGACACAGCAUAGAUAUGCUGGAUUUCGUUUCACAUAAUCACAAGUCGAACACUUCCCAAGUGUCUAGGACUGUGUGAUGUAUUUUCGGAUGAUGUGCGCAGAUCCCAGUAGGGUGGCCUUUUGCAGUUGGCAGAUCAUAAUUUUGUCAAUGUCUAUUGUUUCCAAAUGCUGGCUGAGAUCUUUUGGCACGGCACCCAGUGUGCCGAUCACCACCGGGACCACCUACACUGGUUUCUGCCAGAGUCUUUGAAGGUCAAUCUUGAGGUCCUGAUAGCGGCUGAGUUUUUCCUGUUGUUUUUCGUUGGUUGUUGUUGUUGUUGUUGUUGUUAGCUACAAAAAGAGGGAGGCAGAAGAGAGAGUAUGGCUCCUACUAUCACUAUGUUGAAUUAUCCAUUCAUUUAUUAUGAAAUUACAAAUAGUAUUCAUAAUACUGAUAUUCUUUGUGAGUUCAUUUCAUCAAUUAAAACCAAACAUGCUACUGAAAAACAAUCUUGUAUGUAGAUUACAUAUUGUAAUAGCUUUAAAAAAAACCCUUAGGACUUCAUCCCACAGGUUUAGGGUACUGUUUCCAUGUGUUUUGAAACAUUCCCCCCACUCAUGGGAUGAAGUCCUUUGUAAAUGAAACCAUAAAACUCUGGUGUCUAUGGUUCUACUACACAGCAGUGUUAAAUCAUGAGAUGUGAAUUUAUGGAGUGGGUUAGAAAAAGACAGUGAUGCCCCUAUCUAUAGGAAAUCCAACUACAUGGCUCCACUGACAGGAGAGUUUUACUGCCACAGUGGACUUUAUGACACCUCAGAGAGUCCUGUCAGUAUAUAGCUGUAUUGACGCUUCUGUUCCCUUUGGUGGUGGACUAAAGGAUGUCAUUUUAGUAUUACAGGCACAGGUAGAGAUUGCCAUGGAUUUAUCAUAUCCAAAUUCCAUCCAUUGUCUAGGAGCAGGACUGAGCUAAGUCCUUGCACUACAGUAACCAGAAGAAGCCAUAAGUAUUUACCUUUUUAUAGUAAAAAUAGAAAAUAAUAAUUAAACAACUGCCCUAUUGAAAGGUUGUGCCUACAACCUUUCAACAUGAGCCUACAACAUGAGCCAAUCUUUAUUUUGUUCAUUGCAGCUUUCUAUAGCCAUGUUUAGUAUUGUUUCUAUACUUGAGCUAUUUUUCUUUUACAAUUUAGUAUUUAGCAAUUUCCAUCUUGUCAGAAUGUUUUCUCUUUUAUAAGAGGCAAUUUAAUAGCAGUGGUAUUGUUCUGAGAUACACAUGGAGAGAAGGCAUAUGAAUAUAUACCUCACAUGAUGUGUGUGCUUGUAUUAAGAAGGAGCUGUGGGAAUUUUAUAUGACUUAUUCUGAUGUGCCAUUUAUUGCCAAAUCACUAGUAAUACAUUGCAUUAAGGAAGCUUCUGAAAAAACAAAACAAAUUGCACUGCCCUGAAAAAGUGAGGCUGAACAAAACUAGCCAGGAACAAUAUUUCAAAAAAUAUUGGUAUUUUAUUCUUUAACAUCUUUUUCUUGAACUGUAACUAUACUUUGCAUGACUCUAAAAAUAUUGUCCCUGACAUUUUGCUGUUGUGAAUAUUUUUAAGCAAAUAUAGUAAUCCUUCCAUUGGGAGACAGAAAUAGCAAGGCCAAUAUAAAGUUGACGUGCACCUUGAGAGCACUGGAUUCAUCUAUGAAAUGUUUUGAUGCUGUGAAAUUUAACUCAAAAUUUAUUGCCCUGAAUGUGAGAUAAAAUUUAGAAUCUUAUUUUAAUAGGAUUAUAUGACUCAUUGGUAAAGCAUCUGGCCUUGGAUUUGCAUGAGUACUGGGUGUGUUGCUAUUUUUCUCAUGAAUUUAAUGGGUUCUCAUAACGGUUUCAAAAUUGUUGCAAUUGACUUACUAUUUUGAAUAGGAGAUCAUAAACAUGUCAUAAAUCACAGUCCUAAAGGUACUGAAACACUACACCUUCUUUCACUUAAAUAAUCUCUGUGUAUGUGUCUCUCUCCACACACACACAACUUUUCCGUAUCUACUUAUUUUAAUACAGUUGUAUAAUGACUGAGAGUGGUGAAAGUUGUAACAAUGAACUAUAACCCGCAAACUUAUAUAACCUAAAUAUAUAGUAUAUAGAAUUUGAUUAAUAGGAAUUAAAAGGAAAAGGGGCAAUAUGUAGACACAGAAGUCAAAGCUAUUCUAUUUUCCUAGAAGACACUCUACUUUGCAUUUCCUUCAAGCUUUUGCCAAGUUUGAAGGAAAUGCAAGACUGACAUUCAGGUUAAAUGGACUGAGAACUGUGAAGAUUUGACAGGUGAUUUAACAGCAGCUGCUGAUACUAGUUAUACAGGCUAUUCCAAAUAAAAAAUGUUGGUCAUAAAACAAUAGCUAUGAAUGAUACUGAACUGUCAGAAAACGGAAGAAGGAAGUUUCAGAAAACAACUGACUAUGUGUUCACUGGAGGAAAACAGAAAUACAGCAAAUUUGGUUCAGUAGUCCCUGCAUGUUUUUGACUGUCAAACUUUCUUCAGAAAUUCAUCUAUAAAAAGGCUAUAUUAACCUUCAAAACUAGGGCAAAUCCAAACAAAUAUAAGGGUUUCUAAAUAUAAUUGAGCUAAACCUAAUGGUUAGUUCUAACCAGAGUGCACACCCAUUGAGUUAGUGGAACAUGCUAUUACACUUUUGUAAGUCAUAUUGAUUUUAUCUGAUUGGAAAUAACAAUUGAAUGUUGUCUGUUUAUGUCAAAGGAAAAAUUUAAAUAUACAUUCCACUCUUAAACUAAAAUCAAAUACUAAAUUUAGGAUGGAUAAUGUCCUUAGUGUGCCAUAGAUAUAAAAUGUAAUCAUUUCAGUUAUGUAAGUUUAGAAAUGUCUGUUAUUUAAUUUAUUAUUAAUUUUAUAUUUACCCCUUUUGUUAAUUAAAUAUAUCACCUUUCAAAUUUGACAUGGAAAUUAAGCUUCCCUCACCACUUAUUCUUCUAAGGCAUCAAUUAUAAGAUUACACACUGAGAAAAAAGACAUAACAGUGGUCUACAAAUUGGAAAGUCUUAUUAUACAUGGCAAUCUUCAAGAAAAGGGAUACCAGGAAUUUAGUAACCAUUGAGUUACUGCAUUAAUUGCCAAUGGAAACAAAGUGAUGUUCAUUUUUUAAAAAAAAAGAAUUUACUGUUUAUGGAGAGAGAACUACUAAAUGUCCAAUAAUGGUUUAGAAAAGAAAGAAGUAUUGGAGAUUGUACCACACACAUAUGCUAGUUAGUGGGGUGCACCAAAGAAUUUCAGAAGAAAAUCAGCCUGUGAUUUAUAGAUGAUCAGCCUGUAUGUUAUAGACAAUAGGUAUUUAUAUAUAAUACCAAAAUCUUUGAUUGUAUAGAACAUGAAAAAUUUAAAAUGCUCAUAAAGAAUAUAUGAUUGUCCUGAUGUAUAACUUGUACUCUGGAUAAGAGUCCAAUGUGAGGUUAGAAUGUGGAGAAAUAAUGCUUUCCACUUGGCUAGAGGGUCAGAUAAUCCACAAUUUAAGAUACCCAGAUGACACCAUACUACUAGCAGAAAUCGAAAAAGACUUGGAAUGACUGUUGAGGAAAGUCAAGCAAGAAAGAACAAAAUAAGGUUUACAGUUAAAAGAGUCUCUAGUACAUAUGUGUAUUCAUUGUCCUAUGGUUCUCCAAUUUUCAAAGGAUAUACUUUCCUGGUAACAAGACAUUCUGUUUCUCUACUUUUGUCAACUCAGUUUUCAACGUCCUACUUUUUUGACUGAUCCAUUGGGGGGGGGGGUGCACAAUAUCGUUUUGGUAUACUAGAUUUGGGAGAUAAUGGCACCAAAUUGUUGAAAAUGAGUCUGGCGGAGGCAACUGAAGCCUUAGCCGAUAUGGAUCACGGCAGCCAGAUCUUUUCAGCUAAUAGGGCUAGGCCCCAUGUAAGCCGCCCCAAGUCCCUUCGGGGAGAUGGGGCGGGGUAUAAAAAUAAAGUUGUUGUUAUUAUUAUUAUUAUUAUUAUUAUUAUUAUUAUUAUUAUUAUUAUUAUUAUAGGGGCUAAUGGGGCUGAGCAGCACUCUACCUGAGGCGGAGGUGGUGUGUGGGCAGCCUCACAAAUCAGAUAAGCUGCAGUUCCUCCUCUUCUUUCUUUCCUUGCAGCCUCCUCCAUCUCUUCCCAAAACUCCCCCCAUGUCCACUUGAGACAAAUAGGAACUCACUUUUCCAGCAGCACUUUGCAUGACACAGGCAUUGAAGGAGCCUCUGACUUCCCUCUCAAGGUGGAGAUUUUUCUCUGUGUGUUUUUCACUUUCUUUCUCAGCCAAUCAGAGGCCAGGUUGACUGUGGCCAUUCUCCUCCUCUCUAGUGCCAUGUACCUGGGACUUCAAUUCCCAGAACCCCCUCUUUUGUGUGUUUUUUUUAAAAAAAUCUAUGUGUAUUGUGUAUUGGUUUGAUUUAGUUGUUGCAGGUUAGUCUUCUAUAUUAAGAAAAAAACUGUAUUUGAUUAAGUUUUCUCUUUGUAUAUGUAUUUGUAUCAUUGUAUGUUUUUUCUUUAAUUAUUAAUAAUAAUGGAAGAAAAAGACAAAUAAAUGGGCUCUAGAGCAAAUUAAGUCUGACUUAAUAAUCUUGACUUCUCCCUAGAAGUCAAGAUGAUUAAACUGAGACUAUCAUACUAAGGACAUAUUGUGAGAAGACAUAUUUCACCCGGAAAGAGAAUAAUGCUUGGCACAGUAGAAGACAGUAAGUAAAGAGGAAGAAUGCAUUCCAAAUGGAUAGACCCAAUUUAGGAAAUCACAGCCCUGAAUCUGUAAAAUCUGAAACUGUGAACCCUGAAUCUGAGCAGGGUUCUUGAUGAUAGGGUGACUCGGAGGUCUCUCAUUUAUGGGAUCACUGUAAGUUGAAAUUGUCUAGACAGCAGUUACAGUAGAGUCUCGCUUAUCCAACCUUUGCUCAUCCAAUGUUCUGUAUUAUCCAAUGCAGUCUGCCUCCCACCUAGAUCCACAGCUGUUUCUCUAGACAGCAAUGUGCAGCGGGCCAACAUGCCCAACAACAACACAAGUGCAACGAUGCUCCCAAACAAGUAGCAGACUUGUAAAACAUGAUGUUUUGGUCCUUAAUUUGUAAAAUCAUAAUGUAAUUUGACGUUUAAUAGGCAUUUCCUUAAUCCCUCCUUAUUCUCCAACAUUUUUGCUUAUCCAACAUUCUGCCGGUCUGCUUAUGUUGGAUAAGCGAGACUCUACUGUAGCAAUAAUUCAUUGACCUUUUCCUGGAUUGAUUAAUAAGUUAGGUUUUCUCCUUCCAGACUUGGUUUUUUAAAUUAUUUCCAUUGUAUUGUAUUAUUAUACAAAAUAGCCCAGACAAAAAUCAUCAAUCACUAACAGGUUUCCUUUGAAAAACAAAUAAAUGACCUGUUAAUUCAUCUUUUGUGUUCCUAAGUUUGUACUAGUGGAUUGUUCUUCAACAUUCGGCAAUAGGGCUUUCACUAGUUGUUCUUCAUGAUAGCAAUUGCCCUUAAACUAAAGCACAGAAAUCAGUGAAGUGGUUUGGGAAUUAUUUUCAGCAAAGGAGCUAAAAUAUUAUUUGUAUCAGGCAGGUGACCUAUUUCUUGCUCAAUUCAGGAACAAUUUAUACACUGGAUUUUUUUUUAAAAAAACAACUUUCUAAUUUGCAAACUCUUUUACCCUGAUGCAGAGAUAGUCACAAAAAUGUUUCGGGUUGGUACACUAAUGAACACUAAUGGUUCAUGUUAUCUGACUUUUUAAUUCUGCCCUUCUGCCUGCUUGACAUUUGAAGCAGCUGCUAGAGUAUCAGAUCCACAGUUUGAGAACUGAUGCCAAAUAUGGAUAUCUUCCAGUUCAUUCAUAAUUACCGAUGAAGAACACAGCAAAAUAAAAAAAAAAAUCAAGAGUCUCUGGAGAGGUGCAUUGAUCAGUUAGUGAAACUUUGAUUAAAGAUCAGACAUAAUGUUAGCAUCUCUGAAGUGUGCAUGCCAAACAAUUUUACAUCAAUGCCCUUGCCUCAACAAAAUGACAGCUAAAGGGAAAGCUGAGAUCAUAAGCCAGUCUAAGAGAGAGAUGGUGUCUGACAGUACUUUACAGAAGUAAAGUUGUUUAUUGUGAAUGGAAUAUGAAGAAAAUAUAUUAAGCAUAUAAUCAAGGAAUGCUGUAUUACCCUAUAUGCCAUAUUUACUCGAGUCUAAUGCUCACCUUUUUUUGACUAAAUUACAUUACCAAAAUUGAAGUGUAUCUUUGAUUCAAUGGUGAAUUAGAAUAAUAUAUGUAAACCUGCCUUCUUCCCUCCAUCAGGCAGAAGCCGCCCCCCUCUGACAGGCUGAGGCGAGUUUACCAGCGUCAACCUGACAGAGGGAUACAACUUUCCAACUGGCCUCCUUCACGAGGUCUUCAAAACCAAGGGCAAGGCAGGCAGCAGAAUAUCCAACAAACAAGGGGAAGCCACACUUCUCUGUCAGUCUGAGGCUGGCUUCCCAACUGGCCUCAUAAAGGUUUUGAAGGCCAUGUGGUCAGUUGGGAACCACGUGAGGAUGGCAAAGGGGCACAAGGGAAAGCAAGGUAGGCAAUGGACCAGCAGGGGGAAGUCAUGCAACUUCGCCAACUUUGCAUGGUUCCAAACUUGGAUGUAUUACAUUCGAUAACAAAUUCUUUUUUGUAAUGUGCACCUUCAAAAUUGAGCUGCACAUUACAUUCAAUGGGACUUUAUACUCAAGUAAAUAUUCUACUCAUGUAUAAAUUGAUGUCAUGUUUUGGGGGCCAAAUUUCAUUUGACCCAUAUAUAAGUUGAGGGCAUUCCACAGAGAGGGGGAAAUACCAAUGCUGACUUGAAUUCCAGCUGCCCCUGGCCCAGCAUUUACAAACCCAUAUAUUUAAAAACAUCCAGAAGCAGCCCCAUGGCCAAAGAGUAGAGGGGAUGGAUGCUUUUUUCUUGAGAUGGACUAAGUUCUACUGAAAGAAGGGGAGGCUUCAAAUGCAAAAAGGCUAUCUAGACUGACCCCCCCCAUUAACUGUACAUAAAAUAUUAAUCCCUCUAAGUAAAAAGGGCUUAAUUAGGGGUAAACAAUGAGGGUCUUCAUGGGGUAUGACAAGGGAGAAUACACAAAUUGAGAGGAGUAACAUCCCUGCAGCAGCAAUAACUUAAAUGUGUUUUGAGCUGCAUGGUGUGCAUACUAAGCUAGUGACAAGAAGCUGUAGAUGACAGAUAACAGGAACAAAUGAGGCAUUCUUAACUGCCACCAGCAUGGCCUUACUCUAGCCAGAGAAGCCAAGCAUAAUUUUCAAAUGUUCCUGCAAAAACUUCAACUUAUCUUGGGGUUCUUUGCAUGGAAUGGUUAGAAGCUUAAUGGCUCAUUUAAAAACCAUUCCAUAAUUAUCAUUUUAUUCAUACCUAGAAUAAUUUGCAAAAUAUUUUAAAUGAGAGAGAAUUCAUGGUGGAAUGUAUAUAAAUAGAAAAAUAUAGCCUUUGAUUUCUAAAAGAUGUGAGCAUGAUCCAGCACCAGCUUCCCAGUUAUACGUAAUUGAUAGCUUAAAUCUAAUUCUUAGACACAAGUACAUUGAUUGAUGACCUGAUGACUAGCAAGUCAUCAUUUUGCAAACCCACUAAUUUACUAGAUGCACUCUAUUAGGAAUUAGCUAUUAGAUUUCAGCUACUGCAACUUUUGUACUGAUAAAUGCUGCAACAUUAUCCUGUGAAAGCAUGUAUAGUGUAAUUGUGUGUGUGGGGGGGGGGGGCAUACUGUUGGUUUUUGUAAUUUUGUAAUUGUAUGAGUAAACAAUGGCAUCUAUUAUUUGCAAUCUUUUAUAUUGUGUGAAGCUGAACACUGGCUUUUUUUACAAUAUGUAAUGUCAACAAGAACAAAACAGAAUGAAUGAAAGGUGAAAGCUAGUAAUAGUCUCACAGCUGAAGAAGUGUUCACUGGCCACCAAGCAAUGGGAAUUGUGCAAAAAGCAAGAUUUAAUGGUUAGUGGUUUUCCUUCAGUUAGGGUUGUUUUUGUUCAGUGUCCCUCAGAGAUGCCUCCAGUAUAACUUAUGAUCAAACAUUACAGUGUUCCUUUAGCACAUAAUGAAUAGCCAAGUUGACAGCCUGGUCACAACACUUUAUGUGUGCCUACAGCAAAGGAACUGAAUCUUUCACUUUGGAAGUGUUAAAAACACCUUUCUUGAAAUUAAAUUUCAUCAAUCUUACCUUUUAAAAAGCAAACUUUUCAACUGGCUUGAAACAGCAAAAGCAGAUAUAAAAAUUCACUGCCUCUCAUUGAAAGUAUUGUGGUUGUAUUCUAUUAAAAUUAUGAUCUGAAAAGAUGUAUUUUACAAAGAGUAGACUGUGGUGUAUGCUUAUUCUUGCAGCUUUCUUUAUUCUGCUCAUAUUUGAACAUGUUCACUUUGCAUUUAAUCCAUUUUUAUAAAUCAAUAUGAGAAAAUUAUAUAAUUUCCCUUUUAAUUAGAAUAAGUUAUAAAAUGAUAACUGAAGUCCUACAUGUGGUAUGUUAAAUUUUGCUAAUUUGUAACAUACUAUGGAUAAAAAAGACAGUUGAAGCUAGUGAUUUUUCUUGAUUUGAAUUUUCAAUCCCCUGUAUACUUCCUUGAAGAAAAACAAUGAAAUACAGUUUCUGAUUAAAACAUGCAUAGGAUUGUAUUUUGCUUUGCAUAGUUCUUUAAAAGCCAUGCCAAUUGCCCACCCCCAAACUGUGAAAUGUAGAAAGGAAUAAAACUUGUGUUUAGAUAUGGGUUUAAGCUCUAAGUUAAUCCAAUUUGCAAAGUGGAAAAAAUAUCUAUGACAACAUCAAACAUUAUAGUCCUAGAGAGCAUUGUAUAAGGAAAUUUGAAAACAAAACAUCUCAGUGUGAAGGAAAUCACAACCGUCAGAGCCAAGCCCCCCCCAGUUGGAUGCACAGAUGGGAAGUCCUACCCCAUGGACCGCUAUUGUAAUGGUCCACCUGUAAGUUUCCUUACUCAAGGACAUAUCCAGGAAGAAAAGUCUUUUCACUAGCUGAGUGUAAGGAAACUCUCUUUGGUGGACAUGUUUUUUUUAACACAAUACCUUAAAGGUGGGCAUCAAAAAGUUAAAAUUUCCAUCGGCUCCUUGGACUGCACUUUGCAAUCUAUUUUGAACUAAAAGUCAAGUUGAGUAAAUUCAGGAAGAUGAGUGCUGCAGAAAAGUCCAGAGUGAAACAACACACAAAGAUGAAUUUCUUCUUGUUGAAAAUAUUCCAUAUAUGAGAGAUACCCUUCAUUAGCUGACUCCCUUUAAGGUGGGAAAAGCAGCCAAUUGUUUUCAUGUCCAAGCCCUUGGAGAGGAGGAGGUGUGAAAAGCACCCAUUUGGAGGGGAAGGAUAGGGAUUGUGAUUUUUGUUGAGUAUUCAAGUAUUAAAACAACAGAGCGAACCUGCAUUCUUGUUUUGAGGCAUGUAGGGGAUGGGAGGCAAGGUACUUGAGUGAAAGAACACCCGUGUGCUUUAACUCCUCAUGCAUCAUGGAACCUUUAUUUUAGAAAGCCUACAGACAGGGGUUUAGGUGUAUAGGCUUUCCCAUGCAAACACUCUUAGCUGAGAUAUAAAAGUUGGGGUAUGGUUGGCAGAGUUGCAUGACCUUAGAGGUGGAAUCAGUGAUGUUCUGUGACCCCAUUCUAUGUAUUACGCCCCUUAAUACAAUGCACAUAUGAAGAUGGCUUAGGUUCAGUCCAAAUCAUUACUUCCUACAAGCUUCUCACUUUGGAUUCCUUUCUGUUGACAAAAUUCAGCCAAGAUGAAUGGAUGCAACAUUUGAUAUGAUUGCUAUAGAUUAUAAAAGAUUACCAAGAUUAAAAAUUCAAUUUCUCCUUGUGAGUUCAUUGUACCUGUGGGCACUAAUAAGUGAAUCAACCAAACUGAGGUAUAGCUUUGCCAGAAAGGAAGGAAAAACUGCUGUACGCAUUUGCAAAACCACAUUGUUCAUAACUGGUAAUAGUGACACUGGUUAUAUGUGGAGGCAUUGAUUUUAGUAUUGCUUCUUAUUAUAUCAUCGUAACUAGAGUUGGAAUCAUGGUCUUGGUACCUAUUACAACUUGAACAAUAUAUACUCAUACCUUUCUUCGGGUGGAAAGUUAUUAUUGACAAAUUUGAAUUAACUCUAUCGCUCUUUUCAGUUUCCAUGAAUGAAACCCAUUUAUUUUCUCAUCUAUUGAGAAUGGAAUGGUAUUUCGAUUAUUGUAUUCUGUGCCUUCCUUCCUUUCUCCCCAAAUCCUAUCUCAUGCUCUUUGUAUGAGCACACUUACAAUUUCUAGCUUGUCAUUGUCUCAACUGCAAAUCAUAUUUCUGGAGAGUUAUGCAUUCUGCAGUGCUGGUCAAUACACACAGCUAUAACAAAAGCAUUCAAGAAGGGUGGGAAGUAUCAUUUUCAUUACUUAGGUUGUCUAUUCAGAAAUUCACCCAAAUGGCCCCUUUCUCUUUUUAUGACUGCUUGUUCUUUAUCUGUUUUUUAGAAGGCUACAUGGAGUAUGAUUUGGCUAAGACAGGGAUGAGAUAUUAAGGUCUCAAUUUUUACCUGGUUCAUAAUUUUAAUAAUUCUAUAAGAAUCUAUUAAAGUCUCUUUCUGUAUCCUAUGUAAACAGGGGAAAUAUAAUGAACAUUUAUCCUAGAAAUUCACUUAUUUGCUAGUUUAGGUCCACUAUUGAAGCUUUUAAGGUAAAGGUAAAGCUUUCCCCUUGACAUUAAGUCUAGUCAUGUCUGACUGUUGUGGGUAGUGCUCAUCUCCAUUUCUAUCCCGAAGAGCCGGCGUUGUUUGUAGACACCUCCAAGGUCACGUGGCCGGCAUGACUGCAUUGAGCACCAUUACCUUUUAGCUGCAUGUAAACCUUGGACUUGUCUGUUGUACCUACACAAGUUCCUCAAUUAGCACAUUGAUGUCUAGUAAAAAUGCCGUAUUAGAUAAGAAUACAUUGCAUAUACCUCCAGUGUGGAAAAAUACAGUUCUUAUUAGACAUGUGUUCACAGUGCAGCCCUCUAAAAGGUUGUAGAGAUGUGAUCCUAGAGCAGUGGUUCUCAACCUAUGGUGCCCAGAUGUUUUUAGCCUUCAACUCCCAGAAAUCCUAACAGUUGGUAAACUGGCUGGGAUUUCUGGGAGUUGUAGGCCAAAAACAUCUGGGGACCCCAGGUUAAAAACCACUAUCCUAGAGGGACAGCUAUUUCCUGGAGCCCCUGAUGGUGCAAUGGGUUGAACCCUUGUAAGGACUGUUGACUUGAAGGUUGGGUUGCUGACCUGAAGGUUGCCAGCUCCCCAUGUGGGGACACGAGAGAAGCCUCCCACAAGGAUUAUAAAAACAUCAAAUACAUCUGAGUGUCCCCUGGGCAAUGUCCUUGCAGACGGCCAAUUCUCUCAAACCAGAAGCAACUUACAGUUUCUCAAGUCGUUCCUGACAUGCCAAAAAAAAAAGCUAUUUCCUAUCCUCUGGAGGGAAGAAUGGGAGUGGCUUAUAUGUGCAAUUCCUUCUUUGCCAUGUAACUUGCUCUCUGCCAUUUUUAAAGACCUUGCCAUGAUUCUCUGCAUAUGCAAUCUAUCGCCAUCCUUGUUGGGUGAACAUCUUAUUGAGGUUGUGAGUAUCUUUGUAUACUAAGAGAAGACCUGUAAAUAAUUAUAAGUAGCAACUAAAUUAAGAAUAAAACUCCAAAGGAGUUUUGAAUGAAAGACAGAGCUCAAGAGUGUUUAUUCAAGCUACUAUACAAGGCCAGAAGCUGUUAAACUGUGACCAGGACUCUGCAGUGUUUUAGGGAUUGGAAUUAACUGAUGCCUAUGAGACAGUCUGUCCCAUUGCGCAGCUGGAGGCGGCUGUGAGAGGAUUGAGUUCACGUGCCUUCCUCACAGGGGUGUUGUGUUUGUUUUUACUCUGCUUCCUCUUCUUCCACCCUUCGUUAACAACUAAUUCAGUGGCAGUACUGCAUUUCACACUGCCAGUUUCAACAAUGGCAUUUCAUGGUUCUUGCUUACAUUAAAGCUUACAUUAUCAACCCCCACUUGAGCAAGUCUGUAGAGCUUUUAAUAUUAUUGUUGAGUAUGAACAAAUAAUAGCAUUGCAGAAUUCUCCUAUAAAGUAGUACUGUUUUUCCUUAAGUUCUGGAGCACUGUUGUGUUUACAUCUGGAAACAUGUGGUGUCUCUCCGCCCCACUCCAUGGAAUGCUUUCAUUCCUUUGAUGCUUUAGAACAAAAUACCGUUGCACAAAUGUCAUGGAAACCUACUGGAUAUUGUCUGUGAUAUGAAAUAUCUACGAUGCUCUUCAGUGGAACCUACAGAUGUAUUUGUAUGUCUUUUUGUGUGUCUUUUUGUGCCCAAUUACAAUGACACAGGUUACAAUGCAAACUAGAUGCAACAAUUAGCAAUUUUUUCAAGUUAUAAUUGAGAAAGAAUGGGCAUUCUACAGAUGCAUGAUAUCAACACUUGUAUUCAUGUUCAAAACACUACAUUUUCCCCUUAAAAGCAACACUUUACAUAAUUAACCUGUUGGGUGUUUUUGAAAAAGCAACAUUUUACGUGAUUAAUAUCACAAUACCGCUCCCCAAUUUCAACCUGAUAUUUAACCUUGCAUUUAACCUUGAAGUCAGAGUCAAAAUCAAAAAUGUGUUACUUUCACAGAGCAGCUGAGAGGAAAAUCAGUAUGAUCCUCUCGCUUGGCUUCUGAUUGCGAGCACAGCUUUUAUAGCUCAAAUCAUUGUCCUUUGUCCUGAUUUUAAAAUUGAAUUUUCUUUCACUACACAAGGCUCAUUAAUUAAAUGGCAAGAGCAGCAGCUUGUGCCAGCAACACUUUUCCCCCAAAGCUCCUUGAGCAGAGAACCUUUCAUUCAUAGCUUCUGAAAGUGGUUUCUAUUUCUGCCUCGCUGAGGAGAAAUCUAUAUUAUAGUCUUGAAAGGACAGCUUCCAAAUCUAGUCAAAACCAAGGUUGCUUAAAAUAGAUCCAGAAUAAAUUGGUUCUCCUCCUCCUUUCCCCACUCUUUUGCACUUAUCUUUCUUUAUGCAACACUUAUCAGAAAGUCUUCAAAUUCAUAAAUUGCUUUAGACUCUCCUGCCUUGCUCUUUUCUACCCAUCUCUCUACCUCUGAAUGUUGUUCCUGCCAGUUUUGUUCAAUUAAUUUCAAUGGGAAUGAAUGCAGUUAAUUUCCUUCAGAAUUGAUGAAGUGUGUGUUGAACUGGAGGGACUGACAGUUAAAAUACAAUGCAGAUUUCAUUACAAAGCUGUGUUUAAUUAAUAAAAAAACAAACCACUUCAGGACAGAGUCAAAUCAGCUUUAACGGAACAGAACAAAACUCUGAAUGUGAGGUUAUGGUUGUGUUCUUUGGUUGUUGUUUUUCUCAUUUGUCUUCUUUCUUUCAAAAGAUUGUAUUGACCAAAUUGUCUAUUAUUGACCAAAGCCUUAAACAUUGACCAAGUCGCUGUCCUUUUGCCUGGGCAUGGUCGACUGUCUCCGCCGUAUGAUGGUGAACAAUAAACACACUGACAAUAACUGUUUUGGGUAAACUGGCCACAACAUUUUAUUGGUUACAGAAUGAAGGGUUGGCUGCCCUGCAUGGGUCCCGGAUCAAAGAUCUGACAGCCCAUUGCUGUCUGAUCCAAAUGAGUCACGGCACAACCGACACCUGACCCGGUAGUCGGUCUCCAGCGCCACCUGGCGGUAGCCAAAAUAUCUCCUCCCCCCUAAUGCCAAUGAAAAGGGGGGGGUGUGGAGUAUUUUACGAGAUCCGAGACCCAUGUCACACGCCAACAACAGUUGUGACAAAACAAUGCAAAACAUGAGAGCCAGCAGGGUGGGCGGGAUGGCAAGCUGCAGCCUCCGAAUGGCUGCUGUUGAGCCUCUCGGGGGCGGAGCCUGGUGCGGCCCCGCCCAUGGAGGGGCGCUGACCAAUGGCAGCCCAGGAGUGCUGGCCUGCCAUUGGCCAGCGGGUGCUGGCGGCGGGAAACCUUCCCGCCGCGCCGAGGGGGCUCCUGGGAAGAAGAAGCCCCCCGGUCCGCCGCCAUGCUGGGAGGGAGGGAGCGCCCUUCCCAGCAAUCUGCAGGGCCCGGUGAGUCGGGCCCUGCCCUUUCUCCUUGCUUUCCUACAAUGCAAAGAUGGUCAAUCAGAAGGCCAAACUAAUUUUAGGGGAAUCUCAGUUUUAUUCAACCAUUUAACCUUAUUUCCCUUUGAACUGUAUGAUUUGCAGUUUUUGGUAAACAAUUAAAAAUAGACUGAUGUAUAAUUCUUUCCCAUUUGCAUCAGUAAAAUUCAACAAAUCUAGCUAUUAUAGCCAAGUAAGUAAUUCAGAUUUGAAGGCUAUCUGUAGGCCAAUGAAGUCUUGUCUCCCAGAGCUUGUGAGAGAGGUGUGUUAUUUUCCAGAAUUGCUUGUAGCUCAUUGUUGAUGCAUUUCUGUGGUUUCCGAUUAUCCGAUUAUCACAGGGACAGAAAGUGAGGUGUCUGAACAGGAGCACAACCUGCAAAACAAACACCACAGUGGCAUUAAUCCUUCUCUAUGCUAUCCAAAACACACACACACACACACACACACACACGUGUGUGUGUGUAUAUAUAUGUGUGUGUGCAUGUGUGUGUAUGUGUGUGUAUAUGCACACACACACACACGAGGGUGGGUCAAAAAUUGUUGCCUCCUAUGUCAUAAAACUAUUAUAAAUGAACGGUUUAAUAAUAGCAGAAGUUGCUACAGAUCAUAGCCUUAACUAUUGUCUAAAGAAAACUACAGUUCAAUGUAUUCACCAUCAAUUUGUACACAUUUGCGCCAUCAUUUAACUCAGACAUCAAAACCAUUUUGGAAAAAUUCAGGGUCUGGGUUAUGAAAAAUGAUGUGUGUGAGUGUGCAUUAUCGUGAUGAAGCUGGAUGGAACAAAUGCCAUUUAAUGGUCUCUUAUUUCUUAUUGCCUCCUUAAGUUUCUUAAGUGUGGUGGUUACAUAGGUUUUGCUGUUGAUUGUGGCACUAUGUUGCAGAAAAUCAACAAGAAUAACAUCCUGUGUGUCCCGAAACACUGCUUCAUCACGAUAAUGCAUGCCCACACACAUCAUUUUUCACAAUGCAGGUGGUUGUAAAAAUGGGCUAGUCAGUAGUUUCUCACCCACCCUACAGUACUGAUUUGGCCCCUUCUGACUGUUACUUUUUUGGACCUCUGAAAGUCCACCUACGUGGUUUCAGAUUCAAUGUCUUGAAUGACAUUAAAACAACUUUAAAAUCAUGGGUCAUGAAGCAAGACCGUGAAUUUUUCCAAAAUGGUUUUUUCAAUGGUGCAAAUGUGUACAAAUUGAUGGUGGCUAUGUUGAACAGUAGUUUUGUUUAGAGAAUAAUUCAGGCUAUGAUCUGUAGCAACUUUUGCUGUUAUAUGUUCAUCCAUAACAUUUUUAUGACACAGGAGGCAAAACUUUUAGACCCACCUGUAUGUGUGUGUGUGUGUUUAUCGCUGAAGCUACAUUUUAAAAAUGUACCUGUUUUGACUUACAUACAAAUUCAACAUUAUGUAUGUGCAUUCUGAUGUCACUGUAGUAUGAAAACAAACUUUUAGAUUUAUAUUUGCUGCUUUAUUCAAGGUUUUCUCUUUUACAAACUUCCUAAGCACUGUUGUUUAUAUUGAGAUUAAGAGCACAAACAAAAAGUGUUGUGAAUUUUAAGUAUUCUUAUUCAUUGGACGCUAGCAUUCCAUUCCUUGCAGUAUUAGCUGUUACAGCUGCUCCAAAAGCAAGAACAAUUAUGCUUGCAAGACAGAAUAUUUAGCUCAGACCAUUAGAAUGAAAAUAGCACAAUUGAGGUCAUCCACAUAUUUUUUUUAAAAAAAUCAUUUCAUCAAUAGUAAUUAUGUCUUAUUUCCAGAACUCUGAGUCAUCACAGUAUUUUUAAGGGUGAACAAAUGCUGAUUAUACAUCUAUAUGUCAGUAAAAUGAACUUGGCCUGGGAUUUGAAAAUCCUUGAUCGUUUUAGUGCUGGACGUUACGUUAGACUGAUUAUCUUGCAUACUGUUGUAAUUGACAGCUUGAAAAUGCUAUCUUGAGGAUUGUAGUUGUAGACCAGAAAGGUAAUUUCUCUGUACUUAAAUGUUCUCUGAAAAUAGCAUGGGUUGCAAUUUCUCAGCUUUACUUAUAACCAUUGGUGGUGGAAGUAGGGAGAUCUUUCGUGUCAAUAAGAGUGAUGUUUCCAAUUGGUUGCCCAUGUUAUGGCCUGUGUUCAUGGGGAGACGGAGGACGCAGACAAUUACACACUGACAUGAUGCUAACUUCCCCUUCUAGUAAGUAUGGCAGCUCAUAGACUUUGUGUGUGUGUGUGUGUGUGUGUUUGGAGGGCAAUUACCAUAUUCCACUGGAUGACACAAUUAGUACAGUACUAACUGGCUGUUGGUUGGUAUCAUAUACUAUUUUUCAAAUUAAAUUAUCUUUGUCAAAUAUUGCAGUAGUGAAGGGACAUAAUAUACACCAGUCUCCUUCAUGUCUACCUUGUUGAAAUGACACAGGACAUGUGCUUCUUAGAAGUUAUGAACUUUGGGUCAAAUUUCAAUUUGAUAACCUCAGAUUGGGGACAGCAUUUACUGUUAUUUUGAAAGAAUAGUAUGUCAGUAAGGCAUUGUUUUGUUACUGUCAAUUUAAAUAAAAUGCACUUAAAAUGAAAAAUGGUCAAAAAUCUCUAAAUGUCAUGAGUUCCUCAAAAACAUUGUCAUAAGAGGUAAUUCUUAUAUUAAAAAGAUAAAAGUGUAUGUUUGUAGAUUUUCAUAUAGCAAUUUAAGGGUAAAGGUUUUCCCCUGACAUUAAGUCCAGUCAUGUCUGACUCUGGGGGUUGGUGCUCAUCUCCAUUUCUAAGCCGAAGAGCCGGCAUUGUCCGUAGACACCUCCAAGGUCAUGUGGCAGGCAUGACUGCAUGGACCGCCGUUACCUUCCCGCCGGAGCGGUACCUAUUGAUCUACUCACAUUGGCAUGUUUUCGUACUGCUAGGUUGGCAGGAGCUGGAGCUAACAGCGGCCGCUCACGCCGCUCCCGGGGCUUGAACCUGGGACCUUUCGGUCUCCAGCUCAGUGCUUUUACACACUCUGCCAUGCUCCCAUAUAGCAAUUACCUCUUUGUUUUGAGUGAUUCAUUAUACACCAAAAUGGCCCAGGAAAUAUUUUUACUUUUAAGGGACUCUCGCUUUCUGAGAAAUAGAAUCAAAUAGCAUUGAAUUGGCAAGCAAGAAAGAAAUGAGCUUUUUUUAUCCACCAUGAAGGGCAAAGUAGCUAUUCAUUUUUCCUUCCAUUGAACAUCAAUGGAGGAGCUAUCUGUAAUGUGGUGUUUUCUAUAUUUGGAAUGAAAUCAACCACUUUCUAUACUUGGGAUUAGGAUGCCCAGGACAGGACACCUGACCUUUCAGUGUUUGUGUAGAAGAGGGAUUUUCAGCUGAUGCUCCCUGUGUGACACGCAACACCUACUGCAAUGUUUUCUUCUUCCUUGAUUUGAUUUAAUACAAGAUGAAUAGUGCCUAUAUAUUCCCUGCAAUUAAUUUUUUUAUAUUUUCAUGACCAUGAAAUUUCUAUAUUGAAAGGAGCAAGAUUUAAUUGAUGGGUAUAAACCUGAAAUACAUUAAUGUGUAUAUAUGUUUACCAUCUCUGUUGUGUUCUUAAAAUUGAGUGGGAUUUUAAAAAUAUUAAAUAUGCUCUUGCCUCCUUAAAAUGAAUGGUAGUCUUUAUUAAAAUACUGUACUUUACACAUCCUUGAGAAUUGCAAAUUGGCCACCUGUACUUUGUUGCUGUAAAAUUUAUUCAUAUUUAUUCAGUCAGUCAAAGCAGAUGAUUAAUUGAGCAAAAAUCUUAAAUACUACAUACGUAUACUAUUUAAAAUUAUUCAGUAAUAUACUCAGCAUUCAUACAUGUAUAACAUUUAUAUAUGUAGUUUGAACACAGAACACUCUAAUAUUUUGAAGGACAGUAUUAAAGUUGUUCAACUAUUUCUAGCCAUAAAUGCCAAGAUACUUGCACUGAAAGGACACCCAAUUCCACACAUAACCCCCAUAGUCCUCAGUAUCUUCUCUAGAGGACUAAGUAAUCCUCAAAAACAUACUUCUGAGUGCUAAUGAGAAUGGAGGGAGAGGAGGGGAGGUUGAGGAAAUUACCUUCUACAGAUCUUCUAAUGGACUUCUUCCAGUGGCUCCAAGGACUCAACACUAUAGACAUAUAAAAUGAUAUUAUAAAUAUAUAGAACAUUUAUUUCCAAAUAUUAUGCAUAAUACUUCAUUUCAAUUGGCCUUGUGUAGAAGCAUUCAAGUAAAUCAUUCACUGGUGUGACAUAAUUUUGAAAACACAUAAAUGAAUAGAAUUAAGUACUUUUAUUCCUGCUGUCUAUACAUUCAGUGGGCCACCAGUGAAUGAUUUACUUUUCAGAGGCCAAAUAUAAGGAUGGAAAGAAUAUUUUUAAAAUAUCUGAAAAAUAUUUUCUCAAAUGUUGAGAAAUCCUGAAAAGAAAAGAAAAACUCUAGGAUGAUGAGAAUCUUCACUUAGUUGAUGUGAAAAAAAAAAAACUUCCUGAUGGUCCUUUGGCACAGAAAAUAACACUUUUCAUGCAAGAAAUAGGAUUCUGUUUUAUGUGCAUGCAGUAUAUUUAUGAGAAUAGAGGUGCCACAAUAACACUUCAGCCCAAUGUAGGAAAGGCAGCUUGGAUAUGCAGAAUGAGUCCCUACAUACAGCGUUUUCUGAGCAGAAAACACCAUUGUCUGCACAAUGCUGUUUCCUGCUCAGAAAAUGCUGUAUGUAGGGACUCAUUCUGCACAAAAAUCACAUAUUGUUGUUUUGAGCAGACAACAAACUUUUCUGCACAGGAAACUACACAAAAUAAUCACAUGUGGAUUCUGUGCAGAGAAAAUCCCAAGUUGCAAAUAUUCUUCAAAAAGUGCAGUUUUCAAAUAUUUUUAAUAGUGGAAAAAAUAUUAUAAAAUUACUUUUUGCUUCCGUUGAGAAGAAAAUGAGCAAAUAAUUGCAUUCGUAGUUCAAUGUCUUAUGCAAUAGUGAUGCAUCAUAAUCUGAUCAAACCAUGCUUAUUCAUAGCAAAAAGCCUAUCCUUAUAUACUUAUACUACUAAGGAUUUUAAAAGCUUUUCUUCAAUGUAAAUGUACAUUAGAUUAAAAUUAAUGGAAAUCAUGCCCAGCCUGCUCCAUUGGUUUUAAUAUAGCCACAUUAUGAAACCUGUGAUUAUUCAUUUCCAGAAGCACAGAACAUCACUUAUGAAGAAAUGUAGUUUUAUAAGCUAUAGUGAUUCUGGAUAUCAUGUUUCUAGAACUUUUUCAUUUUCUUUUAAAUUCCCAAACAUCGAUUUUAGUACAUAAGCUUUUUUGAAGAAAGUACAUUCAUGUGAAUAGAGGUGCCACAGUACUACUUCAUCCAGUGUGAGAAAGACACUUUGAUAUAAAAAAGCCCAGCUUGAUUAACUAUAUGUCUUGAUUAACUAUACAUCUCAUGGGCCAGUCUUCUGGAAGUCACUGUCAUUGAUCUGGAUCCCCAGGUGUUUCAACCUACAACUCCUAGAAGUCCCAGCCAGUUUACCAACUGUUAGGAUUUCUGGGAGUUGAAGGCCAAAAAAUCUGGGGACCAAUAGAUUGAGGACCACUGCCUUAAAUGUUUCCAGGUAUUGCUCUGAGUUUCUAAUAAGGGAGGAAGGAUACAAACUGGAUGCCAUGAAAAAGAGGAGUUUAAGGGCAAUGUACAGUAGUUAAAUCUUUCUCAAACUUUCCUAUAAUUUUUGUCACAUAAAUGCUAGGAGAGCAACAAGAAAGUGUUGUUUUUUAUUUGCCUUGAAAUAUAAAUGGCAAGAAAAUGAAUCCCAGAUGAAGGGAACACAAAUACAAAUACAUUUAAGCAAAUGUUGAUGUUUGCCAUAAAUUGAGAUCGUGGUUUUUGAAAAAUUUUGGCAUAACUGAGGCAUCUGCACCAUAUAAAUAAUAGAUAAUGGGAUAAUGGAGUCAGAAAUAAUGGGAUUUGAUAGCUGAGCAAGUGAUAAUGCUGCCUCUUCUUUCUUUUCAUUUGUAUCCUUUCAGUCAAAAAAUACAUGAAUAUUUGUAUUUGUUUUUAAAAUCCAUUAAGUUUUAUGUUAGUGGUCUCUUUUUUAAAGCCCAUGCAUCAAAAUUGUUUCUUCUCCCAGCAAGUAAUUUUAAAAGUCAAAUUGCAUCAGGCAAAUUAAUUAGUCACAUGGUGACACAUGGUGGAAAAGGGCAAGAAGAGUUUUAAAAAGACGAAUAAAUGGUCUAUUCUCAUCUUUUACUACUCUUCAUACCUUUCCCCUAGAGAGCAUGGCUGGCUACUCUAAUUAUACUGCAUGAUUAUAUCUCCUGACUUUAGCAGCAUUUUUUGCUUCACCUCUAAGGUUGUUAGACCUGAUUGUCUCCUGCAUUGAGAGAUGGCUUACACUUUAAUCAUGCUGAAAAUGUAAAACUAAAAUUUCGAAGAGGAAAAUCACAGAAAGAAGUGGUGACUGUGGAAAAUGAAUAUAUUCUAAUACCUUACAAAAGAAAUGCAGAGAUCUAUUCCAUUCUAAGGAUGUGAUAAAACAUUCUCCAGUAUGUCUCUGAAGCCCAUGUUGAUGCUACUUUUAGAAGUUCUCAAGAACUAGAUCUCUUCAUUUCUUGCCUUCAGGAAAAAAAAAUAACAAAUUUAGAAGGUCUCUGUAAAAUUCCCAAAGCAAACUUGUAGUGAGUCUGGAUUUGGGACAAUUACACCAUAACCACAGAGCUUUGACCACCUCAAUUCUUCCAUCUCAAGCCUAUAUCCCGAUUUUUGGUGUUUCCCUGCUUUCUUCUCAGCCACCUAAGCCCAGGAUGUUGCAUUCAAGAGGGUUUUUAAUAGCUCUCCUCAUGGCUCAAGGCAGGGUACAACAAAGUUAAAACAUCCAGAUAAAAUACAAUAUUAUUAAACUCUAUUAAAAUACAUAGUAUGAAGAUUAAAACAAUACUAAUAGAAGGUAAAUUUAAAAUGUAUAGUUUAAAAUUGAUUGGGUAGGCUGCUGAAAGAGAUAGGCCUUUAAUUUUAUCUUAAAUGUUGACAGUUCCUUUAGUUAUCAAAUCUCUUCUGGUAGCUCAUUCCACAGUCUCUGGACAGUCGAUAAAAAAGAGCAGAGAGUUGUUUAAACUUGUAGGCCACAGUACUCAACCGGUGAUUACUUUCAGCUUAGCAGGUGACAUUUUGGAGUUCUGCAGUAUAGGAAGGAUUCCCUAUGCUGAAUAUCGUAUUUUGUCUACAAGAAAAUAUUUGCAUAGAUUUCUAAUUUGAAGGUUUUUUUCCCUGGGAAUAUAUUUUAGCAGCAUGAAUUAUUAUUAUUAUUAUUAUUAUUAUUAUUAUUAUUAUUAUUAUUAUUAUUUUGCCCCAUUUUAUCUCUCCCGCAGGAGACUCAAAGCCGCUAUCACCUUCCUCUCACUGCCUCUCACUUGGGGGUGGCACUGUAUUUCUUGACUCCACCAGACUACUGUUAGAUUAUCACUUGUGCAGUGAUUGGAAGGGAUGCUAGAAGAGAAAUGUAAUAGGACUAAGAUUAAAGAAAUAUUUUUUGUAAAUAUAUCUGUCAUGAUUUGAGUUCCUUGGGAGCUUAUAGGUUAAUCAUUAUAAUUCAGAAUUUUAUCACAGCCAUUUACUUUUUCAAACUGCAUAUUUGAAUGAUUUAAAAAUAUUUACAUUUAAAUGUAUUUAGAUGUAAAUCAUAUUUCACUCUAAUGGGGUAUCCCUUGGUUUGUAAACACUGUUUCAGCUGAAAUUACAUAUCCCUGUCCUCUCACAAAAAGCAACCAAAUCACUAUAUACCUUCUUCUUUAAAGUGUUUGCCUGGCUGCGAGAGCAUAUAGAUACAGAAAUACUAUUUCUGUCCUCCCCAGGUCUCAACAAGACUACCGGUUAAUUAUUAUGGAGGACAAACUUUGCAACAAUACAUAUCUUGGAGCAGGGGUAGCUUUGCAGCGUAUGGCAAAGGAACAUAAGACUUUGUUGGCAUAACAUUGCUCCUGCUGUGACAUAACAUUUGCUGCCACAAACUCCUUUCCCUAGAAAUUUGUUCUUUUUACUGAAAGCUAUUUCCCAUGUCAAGUUUCAGAUCCGACAAUGUUUGCAAAGUUGUUUGUUUCAUCUUGCCUU